AGCCUUGUGACAGAGGAUUUCUGCCAAACUUUCGCAGCAAGGCAUGUCAAGGUAAUCAAGAGUUCAGUGUAGGCUUCUGACCUUGUGGGAUAAUAGGUUGACAGUUGAGGGUGUAGAUUGCCAGCCGCGAGAUCUUGCAAAACGUUUUUAACUCCCUUUCCAAGGCAAGAAAAAUUAAAGACAAUAAAUGGAGAAGACGAGAGAAAAAGGUAACAGGUCAUUUCGCCCCAGUUUCUUAGCCCCCUAUUUUCUAGUCAUUUAGCACGCUUCAAAUGUAAUAUUCCUCGCUCUUUAAGUCAUAAACGAAAACAAGCAGAAUAUGGGGCGAAGAAAUCGUGGCGAAAUGACUUGGGGGCGAGAUGACCUGUAACCAGAAAAAGUUGAAGAAAGAAAGGACACUGGAGAAGUCAAGGCCAUCAAAUGCAGAAAAAUCAAUUGUCUUGUGUUUUCUAUGUUGGAUAAGGGGAAACUAAAACUAUGAUAAAAAUUAUUUACUGGGCAAAAAUUUAUCCUGUUUCAGAGGAGAUAAAAAGCACCCAUCUGGGCCUUCUGUCGCAGAAUAUUUCAUACCCUGAUCGGCAAAAUGAAGUUAAUGUUCUUGUUAUUAGAAGUGUCGCCUAGUUCCCUUUAAUUCACCUAAUGCAUUAUAGAUAUCGACGAGUGUAAAGCGAUCCCAAAAAUCUGUGCUGGGGGAACGUGUGUGAACACGAUUGGAAGCUACCGGUGCGAUUGCCCCGCUGGAAAGAAACUUAACCCCGACUCGCAGAAAUGUGUUGGUAAGUCGAUAGAGGUCCUUAUAUGUGGAAUUAUUUAAAAUAAACAAAGAUCGUGUUGAUAGAUAGUUAAAGUUCGACUAUUUCAGUUUUCACUCUCUAAAUCAGUCGAUCGAUCAAUAAUUCUAAGAAGUCAAUCAGUUGAUCAAUUAAAAGACGUGAGCCUGAGUGAGGUAACCACUCUGAAUUUUGCUGACGUGUUCUAAACUUUGCACCUCCCAACGCCUAACCCUUUCAAUUUUUAUAAGGACAUAGAAGAUGAGUUUGUUUUCUGAAACUGCGACUUUAUCUGCAACAACACAGUACAUGCAGGUGCAAAUCGGGCACGCACCCAACUUUCAAUUUGGACUAACAGGUGAUCGAAUGAUUUAACUCAAUCCGCAGUGCUUUUCUCUGCUACAACACUUGCCUACCAGUUGUGACAGUAUUAAUUUGCGUUAUGCCAAUUGACUGAUUUUAUUGUCUUUAGAUCAAGAUGAGUGUACUGAAAUUCCCGGCAUCUGUGCGAAUGGCCGAUGUGAAAACACAGAAGGAAGUUUUAGAUGUAUUUGUCAGGCAGGAUAUACCUUGAAUCGAGCCAAAAGUUUCUGCAUAAGUAAGUUUUCAAAGAAAUGCGGUACAUGUGUGGGUCGCUAUCUUUCUAUAAUAGUCAUCCUCCCAUCGCUACAAUGCCUUGAUAUAUGCUAUUUUCUAGGUGCUGUUCAAGGCUUCUGUUAUCAGCGAGUGGUAAAUAAUUACUGUGUUGACCAGUCCCCCACUAACACGACCAAGUUUGACUGCUGCUGCUCAGAGAAGAAACCCGCGGGCUGGGGACCACUCUGCGAAAGAUGUCCCGUCCAAGGAACACGUGAGUUGCAUGUGAAACACUCGCAUUUUCACAUUAUCAUUUUGUGUUUUUCCCUUCCUCCUGCAUUUCCUCCCAUAAUAAUGUGUGCAAAUUAUUUUUCAUCUGCAGCCGGAUACUCAACCCUAUGCCCAAACGUAACAGUGCCAACUGUAAAUCCUGCAGGUUUGUUACACGAUAAGGGACUGGUCAAAACGUAUAGGGGGGUAGGCCGGAGCAUUUGGAAAUAUGGUUGAUAAAAAACACAUGACCCACCCCCUCCAUUCGGCACAAAAAUGACUGACCCACCCCUAAAGCAAGGUUGGAAAUUGCAUGACCCACCCCCUAGUUAAAACAUGGAUUUUCGGUUUCCUCUUAAUAAUCCAAUAAAACCUUGUUCUGUGCUUUGCAAAAUUUGUUGAUACACUGCUACAAGCAAUAUCAAAAUCACAGAAAUCAUACCUUUCACUAAAAAGACAAAUGUGAAAAACCGAACAUUUCUUGUUUCAAGGGACGUUAUGAGUCUUGACACAAAUAUACAGCAAAACGAGGGUAUAUUGAAUUUAUCUGUCACAAAGCAUAUGAAAAUUUCAACAAAGACAACCCAUUCCUACACAUUACUUGCCGGAAAUGCUUAGAUUAAUCCUCAACGAAAAUUUCUUCCACUUCAGUGGAAAGCAAUACCUACAAAACAAUGGAACUGCAAUGGGCACAAAGACAGCAGUUUGGAUUCUUUUGCCAAUAUUUUCAUGACAUAUAUUGAAACAACAACUCUAAGCAAAACUGUCUUUAGAACAACAGUUUGGAAAUGCCACGUACACGAUAUCUUUGCCCUAUGGGACAUGAGUAAACCAGACAUCGAAGCCUUCAUUGAACAAGCAACUUUACAUCACCUAACUAUUGAAUUCACGGCCGAAACAUUUGACACUGAGACUGCGUUUUUAGACACUGUUGUAUACAAAGGCACAAGAUUCAAGGAAAAAUCUAUCCUUGAUGCAAAGACACAUUUUAAACAAAGGGAAAGCUUCUUGCACACACAUUUCACCUCGUGUCACCCUCCAAAUGUUAAAAAAGAAUUUGUCAAGGAGAAGCCUUAAGAAUCCUACGAAAAAACUCCUCAGAAACAACCUUUGAGGAAAAUGAUUCAAAUUUAAAAAAAAACUCUUGACGGACGGAGGCUACCCACAAUCUUUCAGGGGCACCCAACGUCAAUUUUCGGAAAAUAUUUGUUCGAAAGACGAUUUGAGAUCUAGAAUUUUCGGAACAUUUGUUGUAAAAUUUCUUGCUUGUCUGCCCCUCCUAGGAUUUUCGAACAUCUAAAAAGAUGGUAUAAUUGCCCAUUUUUAACGGAUUUUUACCCUAAGGUCACCUAGAAUUUUCGGGAGCCUUUUUUCUGGCUGAAAUUUUCGAAAAGUUAAGUUUUGAUCCCUAUAAUUUUCGUAUCACUAGACUUUCAGCUAGGAGAUCCGAACAGAUGAAAAAUUUUUAGGGGACAAAAAUAUGCCUAUAUCUACUCUUUAAAUACUAAAAUACGUUUAACAAUGCUAUGUUUAAGUGGUUUUGAACCAUAUUCUCGUUGGGUGCCCCCUAUCUUUGAUAGAAAACCUACUAUCAGAAAUAAAAUUCACAAAAGGGAGUCUAAACUUGUAAAACAAAACGACAAGCGGGAAAAGAAAUAUUGCCAUUCGUGACACAAUACCAGCCCUCAGUGUAGAUACUAUAAAGGAAGCUUGAAUGAAAAAAUGGAAUCUUAUACAAAACCAACUAUACCUUCAAUAAAUUUUAAAAGAACCCCCAAUCAUUUCCUUACAAAAAAGGAAAAUUGUUAACGGAACAUGCUCGUUAGAGCCGAAAAAAAAAAAGGUUGACAGAGGGUUCCACGCCCGUAUAGAUGUGCGGCCUGUCAACCUUUGUAUUUUCUCGCACAAAAGGGUUGUGAGUAUUUUAGCAAUAACUCCAGCUGGCUGUGUUUUAUAUAACAAGUGUAGUCAACUUUCUCGUUAGUAGUUAGUAAAAAAUAGGGUGACCCACCCCCUGAGGGUAGCUGAAAAUUGCACGACCCACCCCUUGCACAAGGCUCAAAACCUCAUGACCCACCCCUCUCUGCUCCGGCCCACCCCCCCCCUAUACUUUUUGACCAGUCCCUAAAGGAAGAUAACAUUUGUCUUUACCCCACCUUAAAGCUUUGUUCAACGUAAUAACAAGGUAGUACAAUUACAUAUGAGACCGUUAAUAAGUGGUGACGUCACGGAAUCUAUCUCUUCGGCUUCCCCCGUCCCAGUUCAUAGGCGGACAACGAAUUCGUAUGUUUGCACCGUAAAAGUCCAACACGAUACAACAAUACAAAAGAAAGCAAUGGCCAAAUCGUGUCGCAAACAUACAUAAGUAAUUAUAUUCGCCAACAGUGUGCACCCAGAACAUUCAAAUGAAAGAGUUUGUAAGUUAUCGAAAGCUAAUACAAGGAAAAAAUGACAUGGUCAAAGGGUAACUUGGCGUCCGGUAUUCCCUGGGUUAAGAACUUGCAUUGACCUGGGACUGUAAUGUGUUUUUCAGAAUUCCCUUUGGCUAUAUCACUGCACGAAAAAUCGGAUUUACACAAAUUUACUCGGUGCAAAUAUGGUGCAAAAAAGUGCAAACUAAGGAGUAAAUCUAAGGCAAAGAUAGUAAAUACCGCAUUUGCUUGCCAGUUUACAUGGGGUUGUAAAUUUGAGGGCCAAUGCGGUAUUUACCAUCUUUGCCUUAUGUUUAACCUAAGUUUACACUUUUUUGCACCAAAUUUGCACUGAGUAAAUUUGAUGUAAAUCAAAUUUUUCGUGCAGUGUAUGUUUAUUUUUUUUUAUUGGAAGAUCAGUCCGAAUAGCUAGUUGUAUGUGGUUGGGCGUCCGUCAACAGCGUGGACUGUCUUAAUAACCGCUGUAGAUUAUUUUAUUAAAAUGAUUUAUUUACACCUGAAAUAUUGCUAAUUUUCUUUCGAAAGCUUUAGUUAACGAGUGCCAAAGUGGUAGGAACCCGUGUCCUAACGGAAGAUGCCAAAACACUUCUAGUGGUUUCCGUUGUGUGUGCAACGCAGGAUAUGUGUUGGGACGAAACAACCAAUGUACAGGUAAAUAAACCAUUUUUAAUUAUUUAAUUGGGUUGAUUGGGGUGGGAUGUAAUCGAAUGGGGCCAAGGGCUUGGCGCGGAAGAAGGAAUCACCACUGUACCUUAGAAUAUCGACUUGUCUCAUAAAAUGUGUUUCUAAAUCUUAGAAAAUUGUCUCUGGAUAUCCUAGUCUUUACCUUUAAAGAUACUCUCUUAGCUUAUGCAUAGUCCGGCACGGAAAAGUAAUCAUUAAAAAGGAAAAUUGGACGGGUCGGGAUUUCGUCCUGCCUUCUCCCCACGCAGGCUAGCUUACGAAUGCUUGUCCUUCUGCCUCCCCUCUUGCCAAUCACGGGUAAAUAUGUUAACUGCUGUAUCACUGCCAACAAACUUGUUGCCUGAACUCAACACUAAUUUACUAAAGAUAAUUACUACUUUUUGCUGCCUCCCUUCUUGAACUCGCUUAUAAAAAUAAGUACAGUUGGACCUCCAUGUGCGACUACCUGUGAUAAGUGACCUCCUUCCGAAUAUUCCAAUUUAAAACACAAUACAGUUGAUCACCGUAGAAUGCCCAGAUUUAGUUGUCAGCGGCUAGGAAAAAAGCUGACUUAUCUACUUAUUCAAAGGGAAUUUAUUGCCUAGAAUUUCUGUCUUCCAGUACGAGCCGCGUUUUGUUACUAAGCUCUCUAAGUUGCAUAAUGUUUACAGCUAAAGUAUAGAUUAGUGCGAUCGAUAAGACUGAGGGAUCAGAGCAUGUGUCAGCAACUGGUCGCGUACAAGAAGAUGAAACAAUGGAAAAUCGUUAAGCCAUCCAGCUAAAAAGCGGGUACGGUCACUUAAGAGAGUUAGUCGUUGACAUGAUGUUCCACGCCUAGGGCUUUGGUCGGCAGGGUUUGAAUUUAGUGAUCGCUUAUGGAAGGUGCUCACGCAUAUAGGUCCAACUGUGGUUGAAAUUAAACCAUCCUAACCGACCACCUCUUGUAUGACCGACUACCAAACAUUCACAUUUGGAGCGGUCGCUGACGGGAGCAGGGAGGGCAAGCCUUCGCACGUUUUGGAAAAGCGAAUGAGGUAAAGUUACCUUCUUAAACGAUGUUCAUGUCUCCUUUAUCUGCUAGAUAAAGACGAAUGUUCAGCGGAUUCCAGUCUGUGUAGGAAUGGUCGAUGCAUCAACACAGACGGCAGCUUUCGGUGCGAGUGCAACUCUGGCUUCCUGGUCACCUCGGAUAGAAAAGGCUGUAUAGGUUGGUGUUCAUGUUGCUGAUAUUAUGCUGGAGCAAACUUUAGCUUCAUCUCAAGUUUUUCAACCUAAGUGAAAAGACAAGUAUGCUGGGUGACUCCCCUCCCUUUUGUUGUGAAUCUUUAUUUCAUCUCUAAAAUAUUUUAUUGUACAUGUGCCUGAUACAAAUUUAAUCGCAAAUUAGCUAUGGCUUGAGAAAACAGCCGACAUUUCGUGACGCUACCAUGAAUGCUUUCCCUUGGAAAUAACAUCUGAGGAACGAGAACAGAAUUCCAUACUGAUGGGCAGAGCGAUUUUCCUAUGACCUUGAAAAAUGGUUUCGGGUAGGGAAAGGACCAUUAAUGUUUUUGACGGCGGAGGGGGGGUGGGUUGGAAAAUUUUGAGAUAGAUUUAAUGGAGAGGCUGUAAACACUGAAAUAAAUUGUAUGUAAGUAAAAAAUAAAAGGUUUGCGGGAAGACGAUCCGUCCCUAAGUGUUCGUUAUUUGUUUUAUCAGUCAAUGGAUGAAAAGAUCAAAACAUGGACUCUUCGUUUCUCCGCCAAAGAAAACCCUAAUAUGGAGAAGGCAUAGUUCGAUUGGUCAAUCGUGUUGCAUUCGUGUCGCAGCUUUGGCUACCUUUAAUUCCCAUCAGGCAACUUACCGUAUUUUCUCGAAUUAGCGGCCCGGGCGUAAAAAUUUCGGCUAAAAGAAGUGGCGCUCAUCAAGUUUUUCUUUCAACGAACUGUAACUUUUUUUGGCUAAAUCGUUAGUAGAAAAGUAAAGACUACAUCAUAUUAUCCAGGUCCGAACGUAACGCCAAUAUUAAUGGUUUUCGUUUGUUAAAAUAGUGGUUGGUGAUCUCGCACACGGCAGUCCAAUUGUACACUUUUCUCUCAGAUGUAUAUAGGUAUCCUUGUUGUAGUUGAAGUGUAACAAGUCGUAAAUAAAGUGGCAAUAGAAACAGGCUUUCCUUAUAUCCCUACUAUUUAAGAAUGUGAGGAGGGAGGGGAUAGAGGCGCUUACCCGAGAGGGGCGCUUGUUUGAUAUUUUGGCCCAGGAAGUGGGCGCUGCUGUACUCGGGGGAGAGCAGUUAUUCGAAGAAACAUGGUAUUUGACCAGAAACCUUAAGCUAUUAAAGUAAGCACGGCAGCAAAGCUCUACUUUGAAAUAACAUCGCGAUACCCAUCUUCGUAAUAUGUUCUUUUCUAGGUUUUGAUCCAUGCUCUCAGCGAGGCGUCUGUGAAAAUGGCAGAUGCCUCAGCACAAGGAAUGGCUUCACUUGUCAGUGUCGUCGUGGAUUUGCUCUCAGCUCAAAUAACAGAACUUGUGUAGGUAAGAAACAAGUAUGUGACAAUAAUUAUGUGGGUUCAAAUAGUAUUAAAAAGUAAUCAAUCGGUACUCUGUGGCAAUACAUCAAUUUUCUCUUGGAGGUUUAUCUACCUCGUUGGUUAGUCUAUUUUACAAGGGUCGAGUUCGUGUUAUACGUAUUGUACAGAGGUCAACUGAUUAAUAAUUGCUGUAGUGGGUUUCUCAUGCAUUUUUUCCAGAUAUUGAUGAGUGUGAAUCGCCGGGUAUUUGUGCAAACGGUGAUUGUGUUAACUAUGCGGGCGGUUAUGAGUGCUCGUGUGACCCUGGCUUCGAAGCAAGCUCUGACAUGCGACACUGUGUCGGUAAGUAUUUUGAAGUUACCCUACUCGAGAUUCAUUUGCCACAAAUGUUUCAAUGUUUUCCGCAAGAAUGCGAAUAAAAUAAGUAAAGGGCUCAGAUGAGUGUGGAAGGGGGCUAACCGCGGCCCGUUUAGCUCAAUUGGAUAAGCGCUAGCUAUAGUCUGCCGAGCGGGAGGUCGUGGGUUCAAACCCCUGCCGGGACAACACUAAGGGUCUUAAAAAAAACUUAGGAGAUUGUGCUGCCUACAAAUGGUUAAGCAUUCUAGUCUUCUUGGAUAAGGACAAAAAAUUAACCGUUGGCCCCGUCUCACAGCUCUUUCACUGUUCAGAUUCUUGUAACACGUAAAAGAACCCACACUGCUGAUCGUAAAGAGUAGGGGGCGUAGACUCCGGUGGUGUGGAACACCCUUUCAUGGGCUGCUUGGAUAAUGAAGGGGUUGAUAUCAAUUGAGACGUAAGUCCUGUUUCAUCCCCUGUCACUGUAUUGAGUCACCGUGGCGAACUCAAUAAAGUAACUCGAUAUUCAUUCCAACACAAGAGAUCGAUGCUGUCAGUUGAAGUUGUUCUAUUUCAGAAGACAAAGUAUCUUUUUUCUUUCUUUCUUUCUUUUUUUUCUUUUCUUAUCCAGUUUUUUCAUUUUCUUCAUUUGGGCAUGGUAAAUGUACACCGCUAAGGAAAUUUAUCUCUCAAUUGCCAUUUCCUUCACGACAAAAAAUCUCGUUCGUUCGAAAAAUAUGUAGAAGACUGUAUUUGAAUCUCAGCAUGCAUCUGAACAAGCACUUGUCCCUUAUGUAAGAUUACGUUCUGAAGAAUAUUUCUGUUUUAGACAUAGACGAAUGCCGACGUUUUUCCGGACGCUGCGAAAACGGCGCCUGCGUGAACAACCGUGGGUCGUACCGCUGUAGCUGUAAUAAAGGAUUUCAGCCCACGUUGGAUCAGAAUGCUUGUAAAGGUAGUCUCGUUUAUAGAGGGGAAAAUAAUUCUUAAAGCUACUUAAUAAACACUUUCAACCAAUGCAGCUAUAGAAAAGGUAUAACUGGAUUUCUACUGUACUUAAGUGGAGCAUUGUAAGAGGAAAAUAUGCAUCUGCCUGUGUAUGUCUUGGUAACCUGUUUGUACUGUUUAUCGAUGGCCGCCUAUACCUCCGCAAGUUGUUUAAAACUUUAAGCCCCUGUCAUAAUUUUUUUACAAGAGGCCUCAGAAUGACACUCUAAUGAGUAAAAUCCUCAACAACUUUCGAAGGCUUGAACGUAAAUGGCGUUCGACUGGUCUUGAAACUGACAGGGUAAAUUAUAUGGAACAGUGCAAUGUUGUGAAUGAUAUGCUCUACAAGGCGAAAGAACAGCAUUAUUCAGUAGUUAUUCAGGAAAAUGCCCACGAUAGUAAAUUACUUUUUCGCACAGUUGAUAAAUUACUGCAAAGGAGUAUAGACAAAAGAUAUCCGUCUGCGAACAGUGACCAAGAACUCGCAGAUGCCUUUGCUGAUUUCUUUAGUGCCAAGAUUGUGCGAAUUCGUGAUGAGUUGCUGGUUAGAAAAGAGCAGCUGGGGGAGCGCACCAUGGAGGAUUCUGAGUGUACGUCAUGCUUUAGCGAGUUCACAAUGGUAACAGAUGAAGACGUCUUAGGGUUGAUUAGGGGUUCAACUAUUAAGGCAUGCUCACUGGAUCCACUUCCAGCGAGUAUCAUGCGGAAAUGCUAUUCUAGUCUUGUCCCUAUAUUUAGAAGGGUCAUUAAUUUGUCAUUGUCAUCUGGAUUGCUGCUCAAGGAACUUAAGGUGGCGCUGCUAUCACCUAUUCUUAAGAAAUUAAAUGCAGACUUUGAGCAGUUUAGUAAUUUUCGCCCUGUAUCAAAUUUAAAGUUCCUGUCUAAAUUGAUAGAGAAAGCAGUGUUUGUGCAAUUGAAUAGCUAUCUUGGCGAAAAUGAUCUACACGAGCCUCUUCAAUCUGCGUACAAGAUUUUUCACAGCACCGAGACUGCACUUCUCACAGUUACAAAUGACAUUAUGCUGUCAUUGGAUAAGGGUGAGAAUGUUUUCCUCGUUUUAUUGGAUCUGUCGGCAGCAUUUGAUACCGUUAACCAUUCCUUGCUGCUGGCACGACUGCAGAAAUCAUUUGGUAUCAGAGGAACUGUACUGCAAUGGUUCGAUUCUUAUCUUUCUCAAAGAACUCAGUUUGUAAACAUCAAUGAGGCGAAUUCUACGGUACGAGAUCUUCCCGUGGGUGUUCCCCAAGGUUCAGUUCUUGGACCUGUUCUCUACCUUCUGUAUACUGCGCCACUUGCUAAAGUGAUAAGAUCUUAUGGCUUAGAUUAUCAUCUAUUCGCCGACGAUACUCAGUUAUACUUUGCAUUCAAAUCGGUGGAUGUGGACGCUGCUAAAUCGAGGGUCGAGAACUGCGUUUCUGCAAUAUGUCGCUGGAUGGAUCUCAACGAAUUGAAGCUAAACCACGACAAGACGGAGGUUAUGCUUAUCCACUCAAAGCAUCGUCCCUCUCCAUCCUUUCAGUCCUUAUGUGUUGGUGACGAGAGCGUGGCUGCCUCUCAGUCGGCUAGGAGUCUUGGUGUUAUCUUUGAUGAGCACAUGUCUUUUCAUGCACAUGUGUCUAGCAUCUGUAGAUCAUCAUUUUAUCAUCUCAGGAACCUAUCUAGAAUUAGGAAGUAUUUCACUAAAGAAUCAGCAGAAGUUGCUGUUCAUGCAUUUGUCACAUCGAAACUAGAUUACUGUAAUCCAUUAUUAUACGGCCUACCUAAGUAUCAGUUACAAAGAUUGCAGUAUGUACAAAACACGGCGGCUAGAGUUGUGUUGCAAGUGAGUAAGUUUCAGCAUAUCACACCUGUUUUGUGUGCGCUUCACUGGCUACCGAUUCAAUAUCGUAUUAUUUUCAAGAUUCUGCUCGUCGUGUAUAAAUCACUGAAUGGGACAUCGCCUAGCUAUUUAGCUCAAAAACUACAUUAUCGUCCUCAUUCUAGAUCAUUGAGGUCUGUUAGUAAUGAACUUUUAAUGCAACCUAGAUCGUAUACCAAGACCUACGGAGAUAGAGCAUUCGCUGUUCAUGCACCAAGAGAAUGGAACUUAAUACCCUAUGAAAUUCGGAAGUCCAACACCAUCUCGAGUUUUAAAAGAUCACUUAAGACGUACUUGUUUACUAAAUUCUGUGAUAACGGAUCAUUGUUUUUAUAAAUUUGUAUAUAUUGCGUUAGUUUUAAUUUUUUCCCUUUUUUUAUCAUUAUGAAUAUGGUUUAAUAGUUGUUUUAGUUUCAAUUUUUCCUUUUUUAUCCAUUGUAAAUAUAUUAGGAUAUGGUCGUAAAUUUGUAAAUAUUUUUCAAUAAUGUUGUUUACAUGAUUGUAAAGCGCCUUGAACAUAGGAUAAGAGCGCUAUAGAAAUAAAGUUAUUAUUAUUAUUUAUUAACAACAUUCUGCACUUCCAUGUGAGCGUUACUUUGGCAAUUACCCAACACUCUCGGGGAAUACUAAAGUGCAAAUUUUGCGUUUCCUCAAGUUCUUUAGUUGGUAAUACUUCUUUGAGAAGGCUAUAAAACUCCUUCAAUCUCAUCCUGAACUACCAGACACGAAUGAAUAUUGCAAUAACCGUUCCUUUUUUUUAAUUUGAUGAUGAUUUUUAGAUGUUGAUGAGUGUAAACAAGGUGGUGUUUGUAAGAACGGCCGCUGUGUUAACGAACUUGGAAACUUUAGAUGUGUCUGUGACCGUGGAUUCAGUCCCAGCGCUGAUGGCAAAGCAUGUGUAGGUAGGAAGCAUUCAAAUAUUAAUGAUAUUUCCCGCGGUUGAACCAGACCUUAACCUUUUAUUACUGAUGGGAAAUGCUUAUGUCAACUGAUACUACUUAAAUUUUUAGCGCUCAGAGCACUUUGCAAGUUACAAAUUUGUCAUGACUGACUUCAAACAAUCAAUGUGAUUAAAGGCUGGAGUGUGUUCCUUUCCUAAAUCUAACCUGACCAGUAGUUUUGUCGCACAUUGUUGUUAACUGUUGAUCUUGCACUGUACGGAAACCGACCAGUUAGUGAAGCUGUGUGCGAUUAAUUACCAUCACGACUUGGCACUCGAUUAAAGCAAAUGUCAGCUUACGAACUGGGUGUCCGCCUCUUACGAUGAUCGCUGACAUUGACUGUUGAAAAUAAAUAAUUUACUAAACAGAGGCCACAAAUGCGAUGCUCACUUACUGGUUUUGUCUUUACGAAACUAGUUUCAAACGUCUCAUUUCAUCUAGUUAUUUUUGUAAUACAGCUGAACCCUACCGGAUAUAAGGAAGUAUCUAGGGAAUGGUAGAAUGCUUUCUCUAUAACGUGGGUACGCCCGUUUGUUAUAACGGCUUAGUCUUCGCCCGGGUUUCACUUUAUAUUGCAAGCGUGCUGAAAUGUGGCAAUUUGUCUCUUUUCUUUAACCAGACUCAACCUUAGGUCGCUGCUACGCGAAAGUGGUUGGUGUCAAAUGUUCGGAGCCACUGAUGAGAUUUUUAACGAUAUCUCAGUGCUGUUGUGGCAUGGAAAAUGGUGGCCAGCGAGGGUGGGAUGAUCCAUGCACGCCCUGUCCCACAAAGGGUUCGGGUAAGUUAACCCAACACUAAUUAUUUUCUCAAUUUACGCGGACGAGAACAAUUCAGUAACUCAAUCAGACCUUAACACAAAUACCUGUAACCGUACCACAACCGGGGGCACGCUGUGGAAUAAGUAAGUGUGAUUAGUCCGAUUUGAUGACCGGUUGGCGCGACAUUUUCAGCCAGUUACAAAGUGAUGCCUUAAAAGCCUCUGUUCCAUAGAUCUCAGAAUGCCAGAAACCAAGAGGCAGUCGAAUUUUAUAACAUCUAUUUAGGUUAAGCCCACCAAUGAUUCUCAAAUGACGCAAUUUUUCCGCAGUAAGUUAUGUGAACCAUGAAAAAUAAAGAGAACGUCUUUUAAUUCUGUGUUGUUGUUACUCACUGGAUUUUUUUUCUAGCAAAAUACAAGCAAGUCUGUUGCAAAGGACCAGGAAUGACUUGCAGCGGAGAAGGUAGUAAAUCUGUUAAAUACUCCAUUAAAAACUACAAAAGAUCAAUAGAUACGCUGAUAAAGGUGCUGUUAUAUCUCUUGAAUGGCCUGCUUGUAAUUUUAACUCAUUCAGGUAUUUAUGAAUAUUUUACUGACGGUUUUCCGGAUCCUGGUCUGCAACUCUCUGACAAAGAACUGAAUACCGCAUCUGAGUACUGUACCGAUAGCUGAUACACAGUGCCUUAAUUACCGUGUCUUGCUCACCAGCGGCGGAGCUGCUUCGUGACCUGCUAUUCUCUUCGCAACCUCGUUCCUAGGUUCUCUCUCCCUCUCUCUCUCCCUUCUUUCGUUGCCCCCAAAGAGAAAAAAAUACCUCUGGCCCUCAGGGUAUAUCUUGCCAAAAAAAACUAAACAAACAAACAAACAGCAAACUACAACAAUGACGAACACUGGAGAAGAAGGUUUGGCAUGCAAACUGCUUUUACUAGACUUUUGGGCUCUUGAAAUGGCAGCACCGUUAGUACUUCACGUGAAAUCCAUAGACAUAGAUAAAGCCUUUUUUGUUUUUCAGAAUUAUAGCCAAUCAAAUGCCCUCAACGUAAACCUAAGACUAAACGCUCACUUGUAAAUCAUAAAUAGUCACAGUAUACCGUAAACUUCCGAUUAUAAGACCCCCCCCGCCCCCAUUAAUUGGCCCAUCUACCUGUAAACAAAAAAUUACAACCGGUUAUAAGCCUCCCCCCCUCUAGCUUGUAUUGAAAUAAAUUCGACUUUUUGCGACGAUCAAAUUCAAAAAGUACUUUGAUCAGCAUUGCACAGUAGCUUGUUUCGAAACACAUUUUGGAUCAAUUUAGGUUUCUGGGAAACUGCCCACCCACCUACCCCUCCCCUAUGCCAACAUUUUGCCCUAAGUGAGAAGUAAGUGUUAAUGUUGACCUAGGGAAGGGGUAGGUGGGCGGUUUCCCAGAAACGUAAAUUGAUCCCACUUUUUUUAGUCCGGUUAUAAGCCCCCCCUCCCCCCUCCCCCCCUUUCACAAGCCCUCCUAAAACCCCUUACGAAGUUGUAUAAGCCCAGGGCUUAUAAUUGGACGUUUACGACGUAUUGCACCUGUCAUCGGCCCGCACUGAUAAUAUCGUAUUUCGCCUAAUUACUUCAGAUGUCGAUGAAUGCAAGAAUAACGCAGGAAUGAAGUCGAGUGUUUGUGUUAAUGGACAGUGUCAAAACACUAUGAAGGACUACAUCUGUGUGUGUAAUGCUGGCUUCCGCAGUGACCCCACUAAGAAACUCUGCAAUGGUAAGAAUGUCAUUAACACGACGGGAAUGGCUAAAGCAAAAAAACAAAACAAAACAAAACUUCCGCCGGUUUUCGUUUAAACUAUGCGAGAGUUGCAAAGGGUUGUUUGUGGGGCUGGCCAAAGAUAGGAGCGUACAAAGGCAAUGAUUUUUUAAGUGCACAGGAGCACCCAGCGACUGUUCGAGGGAGCAAAUACUGCCUAGAAAUUUCUAAAGCUUUAGAAAAGCUAAAAACUUCUCGACAACUGUUCCUUUCGUCUAAAAAGUUCGGAGGUUUUCCAACAGUUUAACUACGAUUUUCGAAAGUUGUGUUUUCACAUUUUAAUAUCAAGAUAUUGCGAUUAUUGUUUUAAAAAAAGUCUUCUAAAACUUUCGGUAUAAACACAAAACGUCCCUUUAAACAGUUCCUAUGAAAGCAAGGCUACUUCACGGUGUUCUGAAGGGUAUAGCUAACACUUUCGGAUGAGACGAAAAAACCAGCUAAAUCUUUCCUGAUUUAUCUGAACAAAAAAAUAUUCUUUAGGGCAACUCCAAAUUGACCAAACAGGUCUCAGACACUUCUGGCGUAUUUUGAAACAUUCGGUCGUUGGGUGCCCCUGGGUGUAGAAAGAGUUCCACGCAGCUGCUUUUGUCCUAACGUUUUUUCGAUAUCCCGUUUCCUGCUGGGAAGUCAUAUAGCAUUUUUGGAAUCUUAGUAAUAUAUUUUACAUAUUACGACUUUUCUUUAGAUAUUGACGAGUGCCGCGAAGACCCCCGCCUCUGUCAAGGAGGAAUCUGUCAAAAUGUACCAGGAACGUUCUCCUGUGAUUGUCCAAAAGGGUAUUCUCUGAAUACGGAAUCAAGAAGCUGUGAAGGUAAAUAGGAUCAAAAUGUUUCUAUGGAAAUUUUAUGGUUCCGAAUUGUUUUAGAGAAACGGGAGCCGAUCCGUUACAUUAGUGCCGUUGAUUUACCUUGGAGGUCUUAUUGCCCUGUUUCCAAAUUUGAGUUAUCUCGUAACAGCUAUUUGCGUAGAAUUAUUCAGAUCAACCCUUCAGAUUUAGCUAGAUUUAUUUUUUUGAGAGCUAAGCAGUCACAGGUUCCAUGGAUCCUGCGAAUAAGCUCCUUACAUGAGCAUAUCAAGGAGUUAUCAAAAUACUAAAGUGCUUGAAAAUUCCAUAGGUACGAUGCAUAUCUCCCUGAUGAGCCGGUUGUGGUAAUAGUGAACUAACGCAACAGUACGGGAGAGGAAAGAAGACAGCAAACCUUGUGUGACAAGCGUGACACUAAUUUUGUUUGAAACAACUUUUCGCCAAACUUCAUUUUCCUUUAAACAGAACCAGAUCACGACAAAACACGCUCGUAAUAGCCCUGUCACGUUUGUCACACACAAGUGUUUUGCCGUCUUCUUUCCUCUCCCGUCCUGUUGCGUAAACUCACGAAUAUCGUUCUGGGUGGUAGUGGAGUUGUGCACCACCUGUGCCCCUAUGUCUGUGUUCUGUUAGAAAACAUCACUGCCUAUCAAAUUAUCAUGUUCUUAUGAAGCCUCGUUUCCAUUCAAAGGCUAGGUUGCUCAUUGAUCAUACAACUGUGAAUUGGCCUUAAGCAGCAUUCAGAUUAACAUUUAAAAAAUGGGCAUUUUUGUCACAUUCAGGUUAGAUUUAGGUAGUUAUUAAUGAAAGUCAGCACUAACGUUCUUUUCUCCUCCAGAUAUUAACGAGUGUUCAAUUAAGGGUCAGUGUGUCGACGGAACUUGUAUCAAUGCCCUUGGGAGUUUCCGAUGCCAAUGCCCCCCUAACUACAAGCUGGACUCUACAGGCAGAAUUUGUAAAGGUAGUUCAAACGUAAAGUUGAAAAAGCUAAAUUUUGUACUUAACUUGCACAACUUUCUUUGGUAACCCUCUCCUUAUCCAGAAAGCAGUUAUAUACCAGUCAUUGUUUAUCAGAACCUUUUCUCCGUUAGCAAUAGCGGAAAUAGGAGAGAAGCCCUUUGGUGCGAGGGCCUCCAUCUAUAUUUUGCGGUUAUAGCCAUAUGUCUUGUCAAAUUCCAGCUAAAACGUUCCUGAUCUAAUCCCGUUGGCCUCCACUUUUCUGAAAGUCUUUGGGACAGAUGCCCAAAUCUUUCUUUCUGAGACAUAUCUUUGCUGUUGCUUAAGUACAAUGUCCUAUCAUUAUGGAACACUACUCACGAUACGCCCGAAAUUAAGGGAGCCUCGUGAAAUUGGCAAAUGGAUCUGCCACUAGCACUAGGGAACUUUGGUAGGUAUUUGUGACGUUAAUCAUGGAACUAUUACCCUUUAGCAAUGAGGUUGGCGACGGCAACGAGAACGUUAAAAAGCUUGUGAGUAAAACAAGAACUCCACACGCGCAUCGCGCUUUUUUGUUCAUUUCUUUGCCACCACUGCAUGACUAUAACAUGAAAUUCCCUGACCGACAGUUUUAUGGAAUACGUAAACACACCACGGCGAAGUUUUCUCUCUCCUUCUAUUAACCUUGGACUGGAUCCUCAAGAAUUCAAGUCCAGGGAAAUUCAUCUACAUUCGAUAUUUAAAAAAACGCGAUUUACCAUGUCACUACCGUCCCCUUCGUCAUGGCUAAAUAUCCCUAUUGGCUAUCUUUCUCGUAACAUCCUCACAGUGAAAUACCAGUUGUAAGUCUUAAAGACUUUCAAAAAUGGGCCUUCGUAAAAAAAUAUAUUUCUUGGAAAGAUUAUUUGCUUUAUAAAACAGUUAGAUUAUUUUCAUGUCGUUUUUUCACAGACACAAGAACCGCUAAGUGUUGGACUAAAAUAACCAAUAAUCGUUGCGAAGAAGCGAUAAAUGGCGCUGUUUCUUUAGAAACUUGCUGCAACACUGUAGGUAAAGGCUGGGGAAGUCCGUGUACAGAAUGCCCAGCGAAAACGGGAGGUAUGUUGCUUUCACUUGAGUUAAGAGUUUUUUUCUUUUUCUUUUGAGGUUGAUCAAGCUAAGGGACUUGUCAGAAAUUAGCAGGGGGGGGAGGGGAGGGUGGGAAUUUUAAAUUUGGGUUCGGAAAUGAGGUGACCCAUCCCUGCAAUGGGAGUGAAAUUUUCUAACCCUCCCCUUGACCUUGGCCUAAAAUAUCAUGACCCUCCGCCUCUUGUAUAAAUGAUAAAAUCUAGUUCUUGCAAUGCACUAGGGUGAGUCAGUAUUAUGAAAGCUCAAAAUAUAUUUCUAAUCCGUUCUUUGUAAUGCCAUAUACAUACAUUUUAGAUGACAGCAUUAAGCUGAGUCUGACUGAUUCUGACAGCUGAUCACUCCACUCUCCUAUUUCUCCCAGGUGUUUUUUUACAAAAUAAAGAACUUUUUUUUUUCUUCAGUGGGUGAACCUCUACAUGAUCACGGACACAUAUUUGCAUGACCCUCCCCCUUUUAACAGCCCAUUUUUCAUGACCCCUCCCUUUUCUGCAGUCUCAAAAAGUUGUGACCCUCCCUCUGUUUCCACCCCCCUCCCCCCCUGCUAAUUUCUGACCAGUCCCUAAGAUGCUUUGUUAUUGUUGUUGUUGUUGUCGGUUUUUUUUUUUUUUUUGCUUUCGUUAAGUUUGUCAUUGAAAACAAGAGUUUUUUUAUUGUUAUUCUUUUCUGUUCAGAUGAGCGUUGUGCUCUAGGAUACGCCAUACAAGAUGAACCUAACUGUACAGGUACGGAAAUUUUAUCAAAAGUUAGUACAGCUUGCGUUGUCAGAAUCUCAUCUCAGAGAAUAUAUGACACUGAAAACCCGUUACUUUGGAUCUAUAGAGAGAACUUGUUCGCACUUCUGUUGUAGCUAAUAUCUUUGCGGAUCCAUGCUUAAUCGCGCUUUGCUGCUGUAACACUAUGAAAACGGAUGUGCUCAGAACUUGCAAAGUUUUAAGUUUCAUUCUAUUGCGUGAUUAGAUGUUGAUAUAGAUGAAAUUCUGUUUGGAACAAAGAAUUCUAUGUCCAUGGAAACCGCCGUUUCUCAGAAACCAGCUAAAAAUGAAACUUUAACUAAACGAACCAGUAGUCUCUGACACUUUUUUUUUAUUAUGAAGUCUAUAUAGAGAGAGAAACGCCGUGAGUCAAAACACCCGCUUCAAGCUUCCUUUACUUGUAAACGAUCUAUAUUAAAGUAGCUAAGUUGAUUAUCAUCGCUUACGAUGUAGUUUUACAUUUUGUGACCACUACUCCGCAUGAAACGAUUUUUCUAAAAAGCCUUAUCAAUGGCCGUUUUCAUACUAGAAACGUUUUUCCGUCAAAAUUGACGGAAAAACAGAAGGAUAAAGUCAGGCGGAUUGUCCAUCCAAAAUUAACCCUUAAUUUUGGAUGGACAAUCCGCCUGACUUUGUCCAUCCGUUUUAUCUGUUGGAUAAUUCGCGCCUGAGACAGAUACUGAUACGUCUUAAUUUGAAAAUGGAGCGGCAGUAUCUGUCUCAGGCGCGAAUUAUCCAACAGAUAACCCGUCUCAGACUGAUGAUCCGUCUCUAGUGUGAAUACGGCCUUUAGCCCUUGAUUCAGGAGGGGGCAAAGUAUAUAAACUAUACUUCAGUGAAUGAUUUUUCAUUGUAGAUAUUGACGAAUGCACUCAGUUUCCUAGUUUGUGUAAAAAUGGAAUCUGUCGCAACACUCUGGGCAGCUUUGCUUGUGAAUGUUCUGCGGGACUAACUUUAGAUGCAGCAGAAAGAAGCUGCCUCGGUAAGCUCUCUCACUCUGUGCAUGGCAUAUAUAUGUACUUUUAAAUUGUCAUUAAAUACUUUUACUCAAACAAAACUGUUAUUUAACGUUAAUAGAACUAGUAAAAUUUGGCCGCUGAUAAGUUUUGUUUAGUUCAACUUUCGACACAAGAGCACAAGUUAUAUGCUUUUAUGUCGUAUCAUUUUAAAAAGUUUAAUCAUACUAUCCAUGCUAUCCAUUCAUUCAUUUUUCGUUCUUCCGUUCAUUUAUUUCUUCAUUUAUUCAUUCAGUUAGUCCUUCAUUCAUUCAGUCAGACAUUCAGUCACGUAUAACAUGCACGAAUGGGUUGAACUCAGUUUGCAACAAAAUAAUGGGAUGAAUAAAAGCUCGCAAAAGGGGCCUCAAGGCCUCUCUUGUUUCUCCUGGAAUCAGAAACUGUGUUUCGCUGGCAGGACAUAAGCGAAAGUUCCCUGGUUGAUUUGUAAAUGAGUCGACCGACAUUUUUUUCUCAAGAGGGCAACUAAAGACAGUAAUUCUGACAACUGUUGUUGUUAGUUUCAGUUCACGCUAUUUAUUCUUUGUUUUAAUGCAGAUCUUCGUGAAGAAGUAUGUUAUGGUACAGUGAGCUCCAGCGGUUGUGGCAGCCCUUAUGGCGGUCGGUAUAAGAAGGUGGACUGCUGUUGUUCUGUGGUGGGCAGUGGCUGGGGAAAUCCCUGUCAAGAAUGCCCUCUGGCAAACACAGGUAAAGUGAAAUGAAAACUGCGAAGUUAGUUGUUUAGGCCAUCAAGCAAUUUCAAUUUAUUUUUAAAAAAUUUUUAUUUUCAUUGUAGACGAAUUUGAGGCGCUCUGUGGUGAUAGAAACAAAGGAUACAAGACUGUGGAGACCUUAACUGGACCACGAGUGCAAGGUUUGUAUUAAGUUAAAGGAGCUGUGUUACGAAAUUCAGCCAAAUAAGGAUAUUAUAAAAUGCAAGUCAAAUUAAGAGAAACAUAAAAAUAACCGUUUAAAAAUUUAAAGGAAGGUCAAAAUAACAUAACAGAAACAACAGAUGCCACGGAUGGGCAAAACUGAAUAAGGGGACUGAAACGGAUUGAAAUUAGGGUUUUUGAAAACUGUUCAGCCUAACAGUUCUCAAAGUUGAUCCCUGCUGCUUGCAACUUCAAAAAUAAUGCUCAGGAGACAUUGUUGUUUGUCUCGGAUCUCUGAUUUUGUCAGUUACAUGUAAUUUCUUUGCUUACUUUAAAUUCCAUAGCGAUUGAGGGCGAGUAAUUGGCAAAAUUCAGUAAACAAAAUGAACUGGACUGUCGUGACACAGCCCCUUUAACGAUACGCGUCUUUAAUACAUGAUUGGCUGGCGAGCGGGCAACAUGGAGCUAGCCCCUUGUUCUUAUUGGCCACGCGAGCAGACAAGAAAGCCUGUUUUGUUCACUUGGAAUUGUACGCUUUUUCUCCUGAAAAUUUUAUCAUCUAGCCAUUGAAAAAAAAAUUACCUAUUGGCAAAGCAUUUUCGGUCUUGAUCUCGUUCUUUGACCUUGACUGGACCACGAGUGCAAGGUUUGUAUUAAGUUAACGAUACGCGUAUUUAAUACAUGAUUGCCUGGCGAGCGGGCAACAUGGAGCUAGCCCCGUGUUCUUAUUGGCCACGCGAGCAGACAAGAAAGCCUGUUUUGUUCACUUGGAAUUGUACGCUUUUUCCCCUGAAAAUUUUAUCACCUAGCCAGUGAAAAAUAAUUAUCUAUUGGCAAAGUAUUUUCGCUGUGAACUCUUCUAGUCCUCAGUGGAGCUCAACUGGCCAGUGGACAUAUUAAUUAUUGCGGCUUCGUUAGCUCUAAUACCUGUUAUUUGACCUUUUUGUCUCUAAUGUUGUCUUGUGUUUUUUUUUCUCUCGUUAGACAUUAACGAGUGUGCUAUGCAGGGUAUCUGUGACAACGGUCGGUGCGUUAAUUCACAGGGAGGAUUUAAGUGCGAGUGUAACCAGGGAUAUGCCUUGGAUGGUGAAGGAAAGAACUGCUUAGGUAGGAGAAAAAGGAAUAAAUUCUUAUUAUUUAUGGCUGGAGGUUUAUUCUUAUUCUUCUUAAUUCAGACGACGAAUAGAUCGAAGAGAAUACACAAAAUCACUUCAGUAUGAAAGAAAGCAUCGUAAAGACUUAUAGUUGCGCAGAAUUCUCCUUUCCCACUUGUUGAAGGGAAAGAUACUGGAUUUCGUGUAUGUGUAUGAUUUAAGUUUCUUUCCGAUUUUUGUUUUAUAACAGGGUUUAGCUUUUAAACAUUCAUAGCACGUCUAAACUGUUAAUUUACCCUUUUGAGCUAAAUUGUGCGGCAAUAAUUAAUCAGGUACUGAACAAUCAUAACUCAAUAAACUGCUGUUUUAGUUUAGAUGUCAAAAAAUGCUGAGUUACCUAGGCACGAUGCCGUGGCAAUUCCCUGCGAUUGACUCAUUAUAGUUUUCUUUUAUGCAUUUUUCCGCUCAGUUAUUUAAUGGGGGUCCAUAUUGUUUGACUGUUCAUCGACAUGUAGCUAUACGAUGUAUUGAGAUACAAGUACAUCGUUAUUGAUCACUUCGUUAUUUCGUUCUUUAUUUCUUUCUUUAUUUCUUUCGUUAUUUUUCCAUGAACCCUAUUUUUACUUCUAGAUAUCGACGAAUGCCGCAUUUCAUCUGAGUUAUGUGGCAAUGGAACGUGCAACAAUAUUGCCGGUAGUUUCCGCUGUGAUUGUUUUACGGGAUUUGAGAAUGCCGCCAUGAUGAUGGAGGUUUGCGUUGGUAGGUCAAAGUUUAUUUCCUACGGUUGGCUGAAAGAAUGAAGGGUUAAUUAAAAAAAAAACAAGUCUCCCAUCCAUCAGAAGAAUACCAAGCCUCUUGUGGAUGAAAAACAACUCGUUUACCAGCUUCUUUACUUCUUAUUUCUUCAACUAUUAAAUGUUAGUAUAUUUAGGGCCUUAGCUAGCAAGAGGCAAGUGGAGGCAAUUUCCUCGCUGAGAUUUUGACCAAAAUUAAACACAAAAAAAUUUUUCGUCAAGAAAAUAACCCUAGUUAAACAAGGCUGAUGUUUCUGAAGAAAUACGGUAUGAAAUUUGCUAGAAAAAAAAUAAGGCUCCCUAAAUUUUAAAUUGUUUGGAGGUUGCCACCGGAUUCCCCUAGCGGCUUGUGCCUUUGGCGUUUGAAGAUCCUGCCUCCUGUGUGCAAAGAUUCUGUCCACCGCCCUAGUAUAUACUGACCUUUCAUCGUAAGAGAAUAGCCUACUACCGAUCACGAAUCGCGGUGGAUCACAUGAAGAGAUCAACGUUAUCAAGAUUUAAUGCUGACGUGAAAAUUCUAGCUAAGACUCAGGGCCGUUAAUGUUACGCUGGCCAAAAUACGUGGCUCUACCAUUAUAAAAUGUCUCUACUUCGACUCUCUUGGGAGGAGACAUUGAGAACUAAGUGAGAAGAUGCCGGGCCUUAAACUAUGCUCAUGUUAUCUGCAGAUAAGGAUGAGUGUGAACAGGAUCCAUGCGCUGAUGGUACCUGUGUGAACACAGUAGGAAGCUACAAAUGCAUCUGUCCAAAUGGAAUGGAGCUCAUGAAAGACGGGGUCACUUGUGAAGGUCAGUUAGCAACGGUGAUGUUUCUGUAACCAACUUUAGUACGGUCCCAACUGUUAUUUUUACAUAAUUUCUCAUGCCACUGCAAUGGAGCGCCAUUAUUAACAAAAAUGAACCAAAUUAGAGUAGCUGCAUGCGCGAAUCCCAUGAACUUCAAAAAAGGAUAAAAAAUCUAAAACCCAAGAAUUGUCUUUUAAGAAUCCCUUGUGUUUUCAUCAUUCACUGGCGGGAUCCACAUAUUGACUGAGCAGCGGAACUGAGGUUAGGUGGGGUAAAUGAAUAGGAUAAGGUGCAAAUUCUCUGAUUGGGCUGAAACCCUCUUCCACGCGUUCAGAUAGUAGAGCGCGGCGGUCAGUGGGGAGCGAGUUAAAUUGUACACCGGUACUGGAAACCGGAGUGGAGGGGGGGGUGGGGUCUCCCCAGGUCUUUUUUACUUCGUGAAUAUUUCUACAGCGCUCUACCAUCUGAACGCCUAGAAUGACUUUCUCUCCACUGGCCGCCGCGCCCUAUCUGAACGCCUGGAACAGGCUGAUAUUUUUAGCCCAUGUGUGUCUCUGUGCCUAUUAAUAUGGUGAUGUUUUUUUAAUCAAUUGGUGAACUCAACGUCUACAGUUACAGGAAAUGUUGAAACUGUUGGACAACAAAGAGUACACAGUUAACGUCCUCUUCAACCAAACAGCUGGCUGCGAGAAGCUAGGUUUCCUGCCUUCCCAUAAUAUGCCCAACUUUCCAUCCACCCUUUGAAAUAAACAAAUCUCGUUAAUAGUCUGCUUUAAAUUUCUGAGGCACACGUUGAAUUGUGAGAUGUUAUUGUGCUUACAGACAAAGACGAAUGUUCCGAUCCUACCGUGUGCCUUAACGGAGUUUGUCAGAAUUAUCGAGGCGGAUACCAGUGCUCUUGUAACCCUGGCUUCGUGGCCACAGAGAACAUGACACAAUGCGUAGGUAAGAAUCUAGUACUAAUAAUUGUACCAACGUAUAUCUCAGUUCAUAUUGCAUUUAAGCCCCGGUCAAACUCACAACGUUACCGCUUCAACAUUCUCACAAAGUUAUGGUUGUUGACAUUAUGCCGCGUCAAAAAGUCAUGACAUGUUCGCAACAUACUGUGGAUAUUUGUGGAGAGCCGAACUUUGGACUGUUUGACAAACCUUACGAGAUGCUGUGACAUGUUAAAAAAGAGUUUAACUCGCCUAAAUUUUGCCUCGCCUGCGUCUCAACUUUUUUGUAAUCUCAUAAAAAUUGUGAAAGCUGAUCCUCCCCCAGACCCACUCUUCCCAAUUUUGUUAAACAUGCGCAAAAGUAGUACAUCUCUUUUUUGUGUGGGUCGAUAUUAUCUAUGCUAUUUCCCACAGCACAUUCUCAAUAUAGAACAAACGUUUCUACGAUGUUAAGACCAUUUAAGAUGUCAUGUUUGAAUUUUGCGCAAAGGCAGACCUGCUUAGUUGCAAUAACCUCACCCCUCUCUCCCCUCCCCUACCCAAAAAACUUUAAACUGAACCCUCUUCGUCUAUUUUAUUUUACACAAGAAGGUUUUAUAGGCCAAUUUUGUGAUUGUUUACAGAUAUAGAUGAGUGUGAGACAGAUAAUGGCAAUUGUCAAGAACAGUGCAACAACACACUAGGAUCUUAUUUUUGUGAGUGUGGUGCGGGUUUCGCCCUUCAGCCUGAUGAACGAACGUGUGGAGGUAAGGCGCAUGCGCAGUUACUCAGCUCACAAACUACUAAUCAUUGUCAGAAGUUGCGUGCGAAAUUUUCGCAAAGGCCUUCCUGCGUAGUUGCGAUAAUCUUCUCAAAAAUAAACAGAAGCACGGUAAAAAGGAUGGAUAUAAAAGACAAGAGUAUAAGACGUCAGGUGGGCGAGAUCAUGAUCUCAGUUCCGGUAAUGACCCACAGAAGUUUAGAACUUCGACAACUUGGACGAUCACACAAAACAGACUAAGCUUGUAUGAUAAAUAUGAGUAACUUUAGCAGCUGCUUAUCUGUGCUUUUUGUAAUGGAUGAAAGAUUUUCAGAAUGGGUUUUCGAUGAUACUUAAUGGGGGCUCGGUGUUCUCAAUACCAGCGUUCUAACGGUAAUCGGUAUUAGAGGGCAAAACGUUGGGAUAUUCCCUUAAAAGGCCUUGUAUCCCAUCCAGCUUAGUUUUCAAGUCGGCCCGUAGUCUUGUUUGCUAACUGCAGGCUUCGUUCUGCAUAAAUUACAUCCGCAUAAUCUUCAUAACUACAGAUAUUGAUGAGUGUCAGAUCAGUUCGGACAUCUGUGGAUCAGGAAGCACUUGUGUCAAUUCUAAAGGUGGUUAUUACUGCGCUUGUGGGGCUGGGUACGAACCUUCAGCUGACAGGAGAUCCUGCAUUGGUACGUGUCAAUCUAGUCAUGUGGUCUUGACCACGUGACCCUUGAAAGCUUUCAUGCUUUUAUUAGCUUAGUUUUUUUUUAUCUCACUCUAAUGCUCGAACAUAACAAUUAUGACUGAUCUUUUUUAGUGAGUUUUAAGUUCCUAAUCAUUGCAUAGAAAUUGCACAUAACUAGGAAAGUCGUGCGCUUUUACACCAUGUCAUAUCGUAUGAAACCAAGCCAUAAAUUCAAUAUAAUUUCGUGGUGAUAUCUUACUUUUUAGUAAAAUCCAACUAGUGAUCUAUUAUCAAUGCUGCAUUCUGAUUAGUUGAGCUACUACUAGGCUAUAUGUUAUAGCCCCCUAGUAGCGAAAAGAGCGGGCUUUUUGGCGGCAAAAAAGGAUUAAAGUCUAGCUUUAACUAACUAAAAAAUUUUCAUUCGUGGUAUUUUUGACCAAAUGGUUAGAUUUUACUAAAACAAUUAUUCCUCUCGCCCUCAUGGCCUCUGAAUCAAUAGCCCAUUCGACCUUCGGCCUCGUGGGCUAUUGACUCAGAACCCAUUCGGGCUCGAGGAAUAAUUGUUAAAUAUUCAGUAAUAUUCCACAGGGCUAAUUGGUUUCCCUUUCGACAGUUUGGCAAGAUUAACUAAAUCUUUACAGUCAAAACUUUAUAUAUCUCUGGUUAUCCUGUGAUGUAGAGUUUACAUUGUAAAUAAAUCAAAUGCUGCUCCUUCUAUUUUGUGAUGAAUACUACUGUAUAUAUUCACGUUUCUAUUCCAGAUUUGGAUGAAUGCCAAAGAGAUCCAAUGCUUUGUACCAACGGCGUCUGUCGUAACUCACCUGGUUCAUUUGAAUGUAUCUGCGGCGACGGAUACGUCCUAGCUAAGGGAACUACAGCUUGUAUUGGUAAGCGUAGUGAAAUGCAUUACGACUUGCUUGUAGACGGGGGCACCCAAUGGCAGUUUUCUGUAAAAUAUCUGUCCAAAGGAGCAAAUAUAGCUUAGAAAUUUUUAUAGUAAAAGUAAAGCUUAAAAUGUCUGGAUAACCUUUCCAUUCAUCUAAGAUAUUCGGAUUUUCUCUAUUAGCUUCCCUACGAUUUUAGCAUAGAGAAAUCCAUUUUAGAUUUUAUGACUUGUCUGGAAAGAUUCAAGAUUCGGUCGUUGUGUGCCUCUGUCGUAAACAGUAGUUCUGAUCAUAGAGUUUAUUUUGCAAACCCCUCAGUACUGCGGCGGAUCCAGAAGUUUCAGAAAGAGGGGUCCAAGGCUUAUGGAGUGCAACCGUCAUAGAUACUAUUUAUUGAGUAAAGAACUCUGAUAGCCUUUGUAUUCAGAAAUUAAGUCAGACAAAAAAGAAAAUACUUCAGAAAUUAAACAAAAUUUCGGUAGUUUCUUGGUGUAUGUGGACGGGUACGAUUUGUAAAUGACGUAUUACAGAAAAUGAAAAAGACAUUAAACAAUAUCUACACCAUAAAACAAUCCGCAACACCAAGAAACCAAAAUUUCAGACAAAAAGGAAUGAUGGGCAAGCUACAUCCACUCAUAUGAAGAAGGUACUUUUUUGUGUUUGUAACCCGUUGUUUCUCCUGCAUGUGUGGAUGAAAGGUCCUACGGUGUUAAUUUUUUUUGUACACAAACAUGAUGCCUGUAGACUUAACAUAUUGACUAAUACCAUCCAACCGUCGCGUUAAGUGUGAAAAGAUCUCCUGUCCAUAUAAACGUCCGGGAGUCGAAUUUUGUGGGAUCAUUGUGAGUAGUAAAUAGUGCUUUCUUACCAACGGUUCCAUUUCUAUAAUAAUCUGAAAAAAUGACACUGUCUAAGUAAUACAUACAUGUUGUUUUCUUUCGCAGAUGUUGAUGAGUGUUCAGUCGACCUGGCUCAGUGCGGUGAAAGUGCUUCCUGUACCAAUACUGUGGGAAGCUACAUUUGUAAUUGUUUAGAAGGAUACCUUGGAAUUGGAAACCAGUGCACUGGUGAGUACAGCAACCAAGAGUGUUUGAAUCAUUUGUAAGACGGGGGGAUUAGCCUGCGCGCAAGCUCUCACGUAAUAAGACAGGGGCGUGUUUUGCUUAAUCCUGACCUCCAGGUUGGCACGUACGUAGCCAACAUUCGCUUGGACUUCCUUUAAAAAUGAAUGGAAUGUAUAGAACCCAAUUCAUCUGAUCGCGCGCGUUUGAACCUUCUAUCCUGUGAAAGCAAGGUACCAGUUUUGGCGCAAGAGCGAUUUUACCAUCAAUCAGAAGCCUGAAACUCGCCUGCGCUCCCCAAACCUUUGUACAUUCGCUGUUACAAUGCAAUCUGAAUUUGAAUGGCAGUUUUUGCUUUGUGUAAAUAAAGACUUCUUUACGCUGCUGUAAUAAUUUGUGUCCUGUGCCCCACAGAUAUUGAUGAAUGUACUACAGGCGAUGCUCAGUGUCACCAGAAUGCUUCGUGCGUUAACACCCCAGGCUCUUUCAACUGUGCGUGCAAGCAAGGUUACACAGGCAAUGGCACAGUUUGCAGAGGUAAGCUUUUUCAACACUGCGAGGCCUACAAAACAAUAUAAUUUUGAAUUAAAAAAUGUUUUUGUUGUUGUUAUUGUUGUUUAACAGUUUUCAAGCGGAGAACCCAGUUUUUGACGAGUCUUUUAUUUUAUAAUUUUUUAGUUCCUGGCUAAUGAAAUUUCCGUGUGACAAACUAAGAUAAAUGUGAAUUUACCUUAAAUUUCAUUUGAAGUCUAAGAUACACUUGCUACUUUUUAUUCCUUGUCUACACUAGAUGGAAAAGGCGUGGCAUGAUCUCUGUAGAUAGAAAGUCAAACAAAAAUUUGUUACAUCUAACCUUGACGAUUUCCCUCGCUUUCGCACUCAUUGAUGUUGUUUGCUCUCGCAUAAGCUAUAUGACUACGGCCUCUUUUCUCAUCGACAAUAAACCAUGCUCUUUCAGUUAAAUGAUGAUCUUUUUGUGCGUGUCUCUUUAUAUUGAUUUGUAGAUAUCGAUGAGUGCUUGGCUGAUGAAAGCUUAUGUGUCAACGGACAAUGCACCAAUAUACAAGGUUCUUAUGAAUGCCAGUGUGAGAUUGGCUACAUCCCAGCCGAGGACAAAAAGAGUUGUGUAGGUAAGCCUUAAGACUGCUGGUACCUUUACAUUAUAUCCACUGCGAUCAAACGUCUGAGACGAAGGAGAGCGAGUAGGUUCGUACUGUCGACUGAGUAUGUCGAUUAAUGUCGAUUAGUUCUAUAAAGUACAGUUGCUUUCAACUGUCAGAACAUAAGUAAUAUUUAAAGCCUUGCAAUUAUACUAGAAUUGCCCCUUGCGACCACCCCUGCUUUCACGAUCACCUCGUUAUUAUAACUACAUCCUUUAGGCCCAGAACACUGAAUCAUUUUUUCGUUUUUUAUUAUUUAUUUAUAUUAACCCAUUCGCUCCUGGAGAUUUUGCCGAAAAACACGUUUUGAAGCUAGUCGAGUGGUUUUCUGGUCACUGUCGUGCUAUAAAGAGCUAAAACUUACCACAAACCGGUUUACAGGUCGUACACUUGGCGGCCAUCUGAUCCAGACGCAAAAUAUCAGCUUGCGCUCGCUUUCUCUCCUCCCUUCUUUUUUCGCUUUUCUUGCCUCAUUUUUUUUUUCUCUUGCUGGGCAUUUAGUAGGCUUGAUUUUGGUGGGAAGAGUUUUUAGGAAAGCUUUUAGGAUCUUAGGAUUAGGUGAAAGGAAAGGUAGGUGGGUAAUGGAACAAGAUUUUCAUGGAGAUUUUCAGGUCCUUGUCACGUGGUUUUUUGCUUGUUUCUCCGGUGUCCUUGACUAAAUUGUGCUCAUUCUGGUAUGGUUUGAAAGAUCUCUUCACUCUGCACAAGUUAGCGAAGAAAGUUGUCCUUGACCGUUAAAAGUGAUGACAUCACAAUGGGUAGAAAGGACCUGGAUCCGCACGGGCGGUUACGGGCGGUUCAGGGGCGAAUGGGUUAAAACUAGAAAAAAAAAGGAUGGAUGCCAAAAGGGUUCCAACAGAGAAGAACCAAAUUCUCAUGCCAGGCUGACCCCUCCCAAAAAAUAUAAUAUAAAAUACACUCAUAUCAGGGUGUCAUCCGCAAACAUUUCACUUGAGCAGGAUAGAGUUUUCGGUAUGUCGUUAGUAUACUGUACAAAGAGUAGAGGCCCAAAAAUGGAGCCCUUAGAUACACCCGACAUGACAGGUCCCCAAUCGGAAAAAACAUCUUCAAUGACUACUCUUUACAGAAGGUUACGACUCGUUAAUCGUUAACGCUUUCUCGCACGACUAACCGUACUUUAUCAGACUUUUGUGGCCCUAAGGUAGCUGCAUUAACGAGGAUUCACUGUCUGUAUUUCUUUGACAGUAGUAAUGUCGCUGUCUCUGAUGACGUUCUUUCAAGGCCAUACCCGAAAAUGCUCCAAAAACAAUCAAACUCGUUCAAGUUGUCUUUGAAAGGGCUAUUCGUGUGACGUCUCUCGCUUCUUAUUUUCGCAGAUAUCGACGAGUGUCAAAUGUUUCCGUUGUGUUAUCAUGGACGUUGCGUGAACAUGCCAGGAAUGUUCCGCUGUAUUUGUGAUGACGGCUUUCAGCUCGAUAAACAAGGAACAAACUGCACAGGUAUGUUAAUGAAAAUUAUUCACCCAAUUCACGAUUAAAACUCAAUAAUUGUAGGGUAAGGUUUUGAGCAUAAUUGUUCAGCAAUCUUGCAUUUAUUCUGUACAAAAUGCACAUAAAAGCGAGUUUACGAAAUAGAAUGGCAGCAGGAGAUAAUAACCUGUAGCCUGCAACUUCCAUGUAAACAUGUUACAGCGUUUUCACCAAGUAUUUUAUAUCUAGAAUGUAUUUGGCGUGAAAGUACUUUUUCAGUCCCACAACCCAGUCAGCAAAAACUACAGACCUGAAAAUGGUAUUUUAUUUUUUAGUUUUCCUUUUUAUAUCUUAUACUAUGAAAGCGCUCUUAGACGACGCGUAGCUUCCUUUUUUUAGCCUGGGGAGAGGAAAUGCUCUGAAAUGUAUCUAAACGUAAACCAGUCCGCGAAAACACCUUGAUAAAGGCGUGGUAUUGGAAUUGCUCGCUUCGGGCUUUGGGCUGCUGGUGACAGAUAGAAAAAAUAUUCUGGGUCUUGCGUUAUAGACUGAGUAUUUUCUGCAUAUCUUUGAUUGAACCUGUAAACAUUGUCGCUGGUGACUCGUUUCCAGUCGUCUCUAUUUGGAUCGCACGCGGAGGACAGAACGCACAUCACCUCUCGCUCUCCCCUUGACCACACUUCUCUCGUUAGUAUUAACAAGAGACUGAGAGACGACUGGGGAGGAGUCAGAUGUCGCUGGCGUUAACACCCUUUGUAAGCACAGACCUUGCAUAUAAUGCCUCUGUACCUUGAGCGCUGUAAUUAACCUUUCUUGUCCUUGCUAUGGUUUUUUUUAAAUAUAUUUUCCUCUUCGGUCUAUCUUGAGAUAUCGACGAAUGCUCUGUCACUGGCAUGUGCAUUAAUGGUCGGUGCGUGAACGAGAUGGGUACAUACCGCUGUGAAUGUGAUGGCGAUUUCAUGCCUAACCCCGCAGGCUCAGGAUGCAUAGGUGAGCUACUGUCAUUUUCUUUCGUCUUUUACCUCAACAUUGAGCGGAUGACAUGUUUUGAACAAAAAGUUCAAAUAGAUUAAUUGAAGUUCAGCUGUGAUGUCUCUCGACAUAAAUUUAUUCUACUGAGGGGAAAAGACAGACCCCUUGUAAUGAUGAAAUUCGUAAGGCCAUAUUGCCACAAAUCUGUGCAUCAAAGAAUCUCGGAUAGUUGAAAAAAAGUACUUCACAGUUUAACCGCCGCCCGCCGUAUGGCCAAGGUCACCUAGUUAUUACGUAUUACGGCCACGUUUUUUUUGCCCGGCAUAACGGCCACAAAUUUUCUUAUAAAAACUCUCGUUAAUGCAGUCAGCCGUUGAUACGGCCAAGGGCCGCAUUUUAAAAUCUCAAACAGCAGAAUUUUUAAUAAUUUUACUCUGUUAAUACGGCCGCUCGUUUGAAAUUUAGAAAAUUAAAAUGCCUGUGACAUGUUAAUUUCAUUGACCUAUUGUUUUUCGACUACAGUUUAAAAUGCAUUUGUGGCGGUUUAAUGGCUGAUUUUUUAAAACUGUUACAUGUACUGAAGGGAAGUUUCAAAUAGUUUUUGCAUUAUAUUACUGCACGCGGUCACCACGUUAAUACGCCAAAUUUUUUUUGACCCAUAUUGGUGACCACAUUAACGGGGUCCCACUGUAUUAAAAAAAAAACAAAAAGCAAUUUACAGCUCCAAAAUAUAUGUUGUGCGAUUGAAUCUUGACUUGCCUUUGUUUUUAGACAUGCGUAAAGCUAACUGUCAUCUAAGCGUUGUGAAUGAUACGUGCCUGAAUCCGCUGCCCUCAGCUUACCGCGCUGCCUGCUGUUGUACAUCCGGAAAGGCCUGGGGAGAGCCUUGCGAGCAGUGCCCUCUAAAGGGAACGGGUAAGAGCCUGAUCAUGACCGUGCUCCCGUAUCUUCAAGUACUGCCAUAGUUAGAAUUCUAGUUCACCCUCUAAAAAGAUUAAGCAACAGCUUUAGCACAAAAACUUGCAUUAAUCACUUAAGAACGCGUUGACAAACUUUCGAACAUUUCGAGUCGGCUUAAGGUUUUUACUGCAUUUGGCGAGUAUCUCUGUGAGAAAUUCGAUGCACAUAGUAGCAUUAUAUUCAAGGGAAGGGGAAAAAGUGUCCUGUUUCCAGAGCGACUUUCUGUUAUCUUUGUGAUACCACUGUAUUACCUGGUCAAUAGUACUCCACGCUUUCUAGAUGGGCCUCUACUCUUGACGUGAAAUUCACAACUUUAAUUUCAGUCUCCUCCUCACCCCCCCCCCCCCCGCCCCAUCUCCUAGCUUACCUGGCUUUCUAGCCUUUCUCUAAGGUUUAAAACGCGUUUCUGUUUUAUUCGUAUUUAACACUUUGAUCUUUUUUCCGUUCUAGAGGAGUUCAAUCGUCUUUGCCCUGGCGGAAUUGGAUUCGUUCCAGAUCCUUACACUCUUGUUAUUAAGGGUAUGUCAGUCUUGUUUAUUCUUGUUUCAUAAUCUAUUAAACACUUAGAAAAGAGUUGAACAUCUUUUUGAAUUUUGUGUACAUAUUCGAUUUAAAAGGCAAAGUGAUAAUAACUAAAACAAAUGAAUAAAUAAAUAAAUAAAUAAAUAAAUAAAUAAAUAAAUAGAGGGGCACAUUACCAGGGGGUUAUAGAUUUCUUUAUCAACCGGGAUUUUGGGCAGAAUUGAUACGGAUUUUUUCUUGUUGUAGAUGUGGAUGAAUGCCAGGAGCUGGCCGGAGUUUGCCGUCAGGGACGCUGUGUAAACACACUGGGUAGUUUCAACUGUUUCUGCCCUCAGGGCUUUAAGCAUGACGUUACAACUGGAACAUGCACUGGUAGGUUGUGUGAUUGCAGAUAUUCCAUGGUUAGCCUUUUUAAAGGUGCACUUCCAUAUAUCAUAUAAAAACAAGGCAUUUAAAUUUACGUCAUUCACCGUUUAUUUUUCACAUCCGACCUACCGUAGUAUGCGAGUACUAAUAAUCUUCCAUAUUUUUCAGCUGAGAUUUAUAGUCUAAUACGAUUCCGGCAAAGCCGAUUGGCAGCAGCUUGUUGGGAAAGGCGUAUGAAUUAUAACAAACGUGAGUUUCGUAAAAACAAAAAUGAAAUAUCUUAUGCAACUUGUUUCUCUUUUUACAGAUCUGGACGAGUGCGAAGAAAUAGAUUUCAUCUGUGGUUUGGAUGGGAUCUGCAUCAACAAAAAUGGAACUUAUGACUGUGUGUGUCCCGAGGGACAGACUCGAAACCCGAACGAUGGCCGAUGCGAAGGUACGUUGUACACUGAAUCCAACGAAGAGGGACUGUGAGAAAGCUUGAGGCGGAAAUUGUAAUAAUAGUGCGGAGGACGGAGGAAGGGAAGUUAAUAUAAGUGAACAUUGUUUCAGAAGCGGAUUUAUACCACAAAUCAGCUUUUGAGUGACCUGUUGUGUUUAGGUUAUUGUCCAAACAGUCAUUCCCUUUAACAUAGUCGCCAGAAGGACAGAGCAAAGCUUUCUCAUUACAGAGGUGUCCGUACUUCAGAGAAAUGACUGUUUUGACUAGUCCCUAAACUCAUUACGUCCCUUACUGGAUGAAGUUUGGUAUCAUGCUUUGGGAUGAAAACAACUGUCUAGAUGUCCAUAUUAUAGAGGUAGUCACUGUCUGUAAUAGAAAUGUGCCCUAGCGUGCGGUUGGACUAAAUCAUUUAACACUAAAAAGGUUAGAGUUUUCCUCAGCUACCUUUUUUCUAACGCUUUAAACUUCAGUAAUCGAUUUUCUGGUGUGUUUAGUUAUAGUACCAUGGCUUGAUUUAGAUCUUUGCCAGUAGGCUUAGUUUUCAUUGAAAUAAUUAAGCCAUUGCAAUGAGAUCUGUUGUGUUUCAGUUGAAGCUUUUGCCUUUGUUUAGAUAAACGGCCACAGGAAUGCUUCAUGGUGGUCGAAGAGAGUGCCAAAUCAAUUCCGGAUUCGAAUUCAAAACCAGUUUGUAGAAAUCAGUUCUCUAACAACGUGACACGGAAGGACUGUUGUUGUACAGAAGUGGGCGAGGCUUACAGAAAAGAGUGUAGUUUGUGCCCCAAGCCAGGAUCAAGUAAGCUACAUUCAAAGUUUUUCCGUCAUCUUUGACAAUCAAAUGUCUUUUUUUUAAGCCACCACUCUCUAGAAGCUUGGUAGCCGCUCAGCAAAUAUUGCGCGCAGUGUUGCAGGCAAUGUCGCACCGUGUGUUCGGUCACGUGCGAUAAACUGUACUGCAGAGUUGGCAUUUUCUAGAGUUAAUCUCAUUUCUUGGCACCAAGCGAAGGCGUUCUUUGUACGAUGAUUUACACGCUUGAUUUACUUUAAUUCAUAUGCGCGUCCUUACUGCCUAUUCAUUUGACAGCCAGUGUUAAGCGCAGAGGCUUUAUUUGCCUUCUAGCGCAACGAUAAGACGAUGAUGAUGAUGAUAAUUCGCAAAACGCCAGUGGUCUUUUCUUUACUUCAAAUUUCCGCAAAUUCGAAACAAGAACGAAUGACGUUAAAAUUGUUGUUGAGUAAGUUUUGCGAACAGGCGCCAUACGGAGUUGAUCUCUGUUCAUUUAAAAUCUUCCGACUGACUUGAAUUCUUUUGUACAUGCAGAUCAAUUCGCAGCUUUGUGCCUGGAUAUAGUUUUGCCGUCGGUAUCAACAACAUCUCCACCCACCCCUGGUCAGGCGAGAGGUAAGAAUUCAGAAAUACUGAGUAACAUUUUCACUCCUGGUGUAAAGUAAGAACGUUGAUAUUAACGGAAAACAAAUUAAAGGGGUGGGAGAGAACAUUUGCCUCGCCCGACCCGGGCUAAGGAAUGAGUCGAGCUUUGGUGAUGACGCCAAUUUAAUUUAACCCUAAUCAAUACCGUAAAAUGCUUUCUUUUGGUGAUUGAAAAAGGCUUCUCCAUAAAUAUAAGGCAUUUCUUUGGCUUUUUGGAGAGGUUCUUUUUGAAUUUCUCUAUCAGUGUCCUCGUCACUGUUAAAAAGUUGAGAAGCAAUUCAGAGUGUCUUUGAUCUAAGCGUAAUUCUUUAACUUGCAUGAGCAUUUUCAUCAAAUCGUUAUAUUUUUUCGUCAUUUCUGUAUCACCAUUUGAAUUUAUUUGUUGCAGUUGUGAAUGAAUGUGAACUCUUCCCGGAGCUAUGUUUAUACGGUACAUGUAUUGACACAAGAACAAGCUAUCGCUGUCAAUGUCCCUUGGGUUAUAAGCUUGGACGAGAAGGAAAGAUGUGCAAAGGUUAUCAAAGCAUUUGUGCUUAGUGAACGAGUAAUGUAGAUUAAGAUCAGCAGAUGAAGCGUUACACUUAAACUGGGCACAAUAAAAAGGGGAAUCAUCCCAUGAACCCUGCAGAAGUCACGCUAGCUUAACAUCAAAAAAGGAAGAAGACAAGAGAAGAGAAACUAUCACAGUGAACAUGAUCUUCGCAGUUAAAAUAUUUAGUUAUAUCUUUAUCCGCCGUUCGAAAUAUGAUUCAUUUCAUAUAUUUCAAUUCAUGUCUUUUCCACAAUCGGGUAUAUUACGAACUCAGAAUGGUUUGCUCUCCAGUUGGCUUGAUUAGCUCAAUGUAUAGCGUUGCGUCUGGAUAUCGCAAAGGUCAGAAUUCGAUUCCCGAUCAAGCCUGAAUUUUUUCAGGUUCUUUUUCAACCACCUAGGUUGGUCAUGGUACUUUGAAGGUCUUGUUCACUUUCAUAUCUUUAUCCGCAGUUCAAAAUAUAGCUCAUUUCAUAUUAUAAGAGAAACUGAUGAACGCAGCGGCAACAAGUGAGCACGCAAAAAAAAGUGCAAUGCGUGCCUUCAACGGAAGACAGAGACUGUGAGGUCGGGAAAUGAUCUUCUUUAGCCACAAUCCACGGUCAAUUCUGACCGACGAAAGUCUUUCAAAAUAGAGGAAGAUUUCUUCAGGGUGCCUGUUUUUCGAAAUCGAUUAAACUGGAAUUGAUAGGAUAGUGUAAAACUGAAGAAAUAAGGAAAAUUGUCCCCUGCACCACAGGUGUUAGAAAAAAAUACUGACGGGAAGUGAGAUGGGGAAACCCGAUGUUAGGCCCUCGGAGAGGGGCUGGGAAAAUAACUAAAAUGAUCCCUCGUGCUAUCUCGUUCAUUGGAUAGUUGGUCUUAGGAAUGUUAUAAUACCUCAGCUGAGCUUUUUUCUUAUCCUCGUAAUGCUAGAAAGUCUGGAAAUCAAGUUUUAGUUAUUGUACAUUUUUGUAUGGUUCAGUUACUUAAACUUUGUACCUCUCUUGAUAGAUGUGGAUGAGUGUAAGAUGUCGCCUUGUAAGAAUGGUACUUGUCUGAACACAUUUGGCAGUUUUCUGUGCACUUGUCCGGAAGGAUCCAAACUUGACAUCACUGGUCUUGGUUGCACGGGUAAGUUUAUUCUGGACAAAGCGUGUUGGACCAUUUGGAUGAAAUCAACUGCUCUUUCACUUUAAGAACUACCACUUUCUUUCACAUCAUCAUGAUGUGAAUUUUGAGCUGCCGCAAGCACUCAUUAAGACUAUCGACGACCCUCCAAUGGGAAAAAAGUUUGAACAGGUUUCCAUUUGUUCUCCUGUUCAGAUACGUUCGGCAUGUUUUUCCUUCCGAAAGGUAUCGCUUUCACCCGAAAGACCACCGCGAUGGAUAUUAGAUGCGGCACUUUUUCGGAGGUGGGGGGAAACGCUAAUUCGGCGACCACGCGCGAAUAGCUAUAUAUACAAUCUUUCCUUGUUUGUUUGGUUAAAACAAUGCAACAAUUGCAUGAGAAAAACGUAAUAAAAGGAACUUAUAGGAGUCUUUACCCCUUUCGAUCCACACAUCUGCAAAAACAGUAAAAUUGCGCCACCGUCACGUCAUUUUCAUAGUCUGUGCUCUUAUCGGCCAUGGCUCUUGACCAAUCAGCGCGCGAGAAAUCGCUUAUUUUAUGGUGAAAAUUAAUUUUUUUCUUUGCUCCAAGAUAUGGACGAAUGUCUUGAACCUAGCUACUGUGAACACGGUAGGUGCGAGAAUUUCCUCGGCGGGUUUAACUGCAGUUGUGACAGCGGUUACAUUAGAUCUGACGACAAAAAGACCUGCAUAGGUGAGUGGAAUUUUACACCUGCGUAUAAAAUUGUUCAAGAACAAUGCUUUUGAUUAUUUGUUUUAGUUUCCUGUCAUCUACACUGGAAGGUUAUGACCAAUGUAUACAUUUCGUUGCUUGUAGAUAAGGACGAAUGUACACAGAUCAGUGGUCUUUGUGGUAAUGGAACAUGCGUGAAUACCGCAGGAUCGUUUCGCUGCAGCUGUCACAACGGUUUUAGACUUGAUCGACGAGGCUAUUGUCGAGGUGAGAAGGUCAUAAUAACUGUGUGAACUGUCGUUGCUUUCGUGUUUUACAGCUUUAAACGCACAUUUGUAAGCUAUGCUCUUUGAUGGACCAAAAGAAGUGAUGACGUGGCUGUCUCCGUUCCCUAGUUGUUUUUCAUUUUAAAAAAAAUGCUAGUGUUCUAUUGAAAAUUUAAGAGCACCAUCCAUUAAGUGGUAGAUAGCGGGUGCGUCAGCAGAAAAGAUUGCGGGACUUGUAGUAGGGUAGUGUAACAAUGCUUAAAUGGACCUAGGUAACUGUCUAGCCUGCAACGCAUGCGUAUUUUGUGGUGCGAACGAUGAUACUAUUUAUGUGGCCAAUGCUCUCCCGCCAUCUUGGACGUUGAAACUGACAGAGAAUUGGGGGAGACGAAAAAAGAUUUCAAUGCAAAGGUUGCCCUCCCCUCCUCCCUUAGCCUUUUAAUUUGCUUCCAACCUGGAGCCCGCGAUCAAUGUACCUCUGCGCUUUCGUUAAAAAAAUACACCUUAUCUACAGGCCAGUAAAGGCCAAUCAGAGUGCGGGUAGAGUUUAAUCAAGAGAUGAUCUUUUUAAUUCAUUGUAGAAAUCAAGACUUAAACAAAAAACUUACUUGGAUUAUUCGACUCUUCUUAAUUUAUGAUAAACACGUUGUGCCUUUCCUUUCGUUUUUAGACAUUGAUGAGUGUUCUACGCUGGUGGGUGUUUGUCAAAACGGACGCUGUAUUAACACCAUAGGUGGCUACACAUGUGAUUGUAUCCCCGGAUACAUUGCGACUCCUGAUAAAACCAGAUGCAGAGGUUAGUGUCGCUUGUAAUCACGUGUCAUACGGUAGAGUUUACUUCCUUUCAGUCACGAGCUGUACUUGUGUUUACUACGCGUGCAUGCACUAGUUGUGCCUUCUUUGUCCUAGCGCGUAAACAUCAACUUUUCCUUCCGGUAUCCGGUUUCCCUUUUUUUCCUGUAGAUGUCCAUUCUCUUAGUUUUUCUGCGCAAACUGAACAAAACAUGCCUUUAGGAGCUACGAAUACAGAGAGAUCAACAGAGACGCCUCUAAUACAGCGUUCGUCGACGAUCUGCUAUUUUUUUUCCUUUCAUGUCGACCUUUUGCGACUUAGUCGGUUAUACUAACCAUCUUUUUUAGUUGAAGAAUAAUCUGCAUUCUUGCCACUGACUUACUAUUUUUUUUCAGAGUUGAAUUGUUGGAGCUGGUUACGUUAAUGCUAAUUACUUUUUAAUUACAUUAUGUUUGUUAGGUCCUUAGAAAGUCAGUUGAGAAUUUUUUGACUUUCAAUCUUUAACGUACUUGUGUACUUCCCUUCUUCCUAGACAUAAAUGAAUGCACAGAAGUUCCCGGAUAUUGUGAAAACGGCAUCUGUACCAACACUAUCGGCGGAUCACGCUGCGAGUGCACCACGGGAUACAGACUAAACCGCACGGCAGAUGCAUGCGUGGGUGAGAAAAUUAGUUAAAUCUUUUACUUUACAUUUACACAUCGAUGGACAUCUUUUCUCUGUUUUAGUGCAAUCAAUAGAAGGUUGAUAUCAAUGAUCUCGGGUUGAACCCUUGGGUUCAAACUUGUAAGCAUUAUAUCCACAAAUUGGAGUCAGUGCCAAUCACGCAGUCCCCAAACUGACGAAUCUAAUCUCUAAUCUGGAAAAUACGGUAUAUGUGAAACCGUAAAGUUUUCUGAACUGGUAAAUCAUGGUGAAACAAAGAAAUAAGAGAAACGUCUGCAUCGCAGCCUGCAUACGAAGGUUCCGUAACUCGAUUUACUGGGAGGUGCGCGCAAUUGUCCUCGCCACUGAGUAGGUUUCACUUCCCAUUUCUAAUGUUUGUUUGUUGGUCCUCCAUUCAACCCUUCAUUUUGAUCUUUUUUAUCCUCUAGACGUGAACGAAUGUGAUGAGAAUCCCAACUAUUGUCAAUAUGGAGGUCAGUGUGUGAACACACCAGGAAGCUAUCGCUGCCUCUGCCAACAAGGUUACGAAGCCGGAAAUGGAGGAACAUACUGCAUUGGUAAGGGCGUACUGUCUGUCAAUAGUAUAUAGUAUAAUGUAUAUUUAGCGUCAUUUGGGAGAAAAUUUAAUAAAAUCGUCUUUUGGUCUGAUUCAGUUUAUUGGUUCGACCGGUAAAUGGUAAGCAUCCGGGGUUUCUCUGACGUCACACUCAUAGUUGACGUGCUUCACCAAGUUUGAUGAAGUAUUGCUGUUUUUUUCUUAGAUUGUAUGAAACGUAUUUCCAGAACCCGAACCCAAUUUCGUCUGUACUUUAAUAGCUGUACUAAGUUUGCAACAACGCUCGUAGCAAUCCUAAUGGGUUUCAAACAGCACACCAGUUCUGAACUGCGCAAUUUUGAAGUUAAUAAAAGAUAUAGCUGAUAUCAUCAAAAGGUGUGAUACGAUUCGAAAACGAACUUUCGUUGGAAAAUGUGAAAUGUUUACUUCAAAAAUUAAUGACGUUGGAGGUGGUUAAGAAUGUCCAAGGAUAUCUGUAUAUCAUCGAACGCUUAUCAUGGCCAAGUAUCGCAAAUUCGCUUCAAUUCAUAGACCAUUUUACGGUUGGAUUUUUAGAAAGAAAAAACGUUUAUCGAAACUAAUUCAUUUUCCAAUUACAAACAGAUUCUCGCAUUGGUUUCUGCUUCGAGAAAUUUGAUGAGAAUGGCUGCACUACUCCUAAAACUCGUCAGAUGAGAAAGUCUGUGUGCUGUUGCACCAUGGGAGCUGGCUGGGGUGAUCCAUGUGAAUUGUGUCCCCAGAAAAAUACAUGUAAGUAGAGAUUGUUACUGAGAAGACCCCCUAUAGUCAGUUUAGAUUGUCGUACAGGCAGCAAACAUACGGCAUUAGCUCAAGCCUUGGAACGACCGGUUCGCCCAAGUCUUUGCCCUCUUGACAGCUCAGGAUUUUAAGCAAUCUAGAUACUAAUACACCCCAAGUUUCCAAAAGGGGAAGGGGCGCUAAAAGAUGAGCGCCGUUUUGCUCAAGAUGGAGCUCAUUGCAGCAAAAUGGUAAGAUAUCAUCACCCAGAAAAGCUGCACUCCUCAAUGACAACGCGGUAUUUUUUUAUAUUCUUCGAUUAUUCAACCAAAGUGAAACAUUGGUGACCAUUAAAUGAAACCUCGUUCUUCUUGCUUUUCAGCUAAUUUCGCCCUAAUUUGUCCUAACGGAAUUGGUUUUGUUAUGGACAGGCAUGGUGUUUCAGGUGAGAUUACAGAGGACCAUCGUUGCGGAGAAAGCAUGUUAGAUUUUUGACUCCAAAUUUCUUUCCGUGAUACUGUGGGUACCCCAAGGAUCUGUGGGAGCAAAGGAAUAUGUCCAAUUUGAACUGGAGAACAGGGAAGCAUUGCAAAAAACCUUAGAGAACAUAAAACCAAGUUUGAGGAUCAAGGGAACAGAACCACUGUUACGCUUGAUUGCAACAAGAUGUCAUAUAACAGUUUUCAGUGUACUAGAGAUAAAUCGUUCUCGUAAAACCCUAGUCGUAUGUUAUAUACCCUUCUUGCAGAUGUGGACGAGUGUAAACAUAUGUCAUCACUUUGCGAAAAUGGAGAAUGUGUCAAUAAUGACGGGAGCUAUCGUUGUAAAUGUAAGAUGGGAUUCAAGCUGGAUGCGAGUAGAAAAAAGUGUGUUGGUAAGUUCAACAAGUUCUGCUCUCGUAAAGUAAUGUUAGCGAAGUGAAAUACAACAGUAAAAUGCUGAUUUUGUUACUGCUAAUAAUCUUUCCUUAUCUAGAUGAAGACGAGUGUUUAACGGCCGGAGUCUGUGGUAAUGGUAACUGCACCAAUACCGAGGGCUCUUUCCAGUGCACAUGUCCCAAAGGCUACGCCCCAGGCCGCUACUCUCCACGAUGUGUCGGUAAGAACUUUCUCCCAGAUAUCCCUGUCUCAGUAUUAAAUAUUUUGACAAUUUUAUUUAGUGUUAACGUGUCUCAUUUUACAGAUAUCGAUGAAUGCACCGAAAAUAACGAUCUCUGUGCGUUCCGCUGUGUCAAUCAACCAGGAAGUUAUCGCUGUAUUUGUCCUCGGGGAUACGAGUUGGCUGCCGACAAAGUUUACUGCAGAGGUGAGCACUUCUUCAAGCAGCGAGGAUCACGCUGUACAUCCCUUCUUCUCGGUCUUAAACCUUCUUUAUGAGCACGCCAUACUCUUCUUUCUGUACCAUAAUAGGUUUUAAGAAAAAGGCCUCAUUCAUGACGCAACAUUUUACUGACAGCGAAGCUGUCAAGCACAUUUUUAACUCAAAUGAUGAAGUGAGAUGAAGAGGGGACACAUCCCAAUGUCGCCAUGCAGAAUGUUGCGGCUUGUUAUUCAGUCGGCCUCAAGAACGGUAAAACAUCCACAUAACUUUGUUUUGUCAUUUCUAUAGAUAUUAAUGAGUGUAAAAAGAACAGUCAGCUGUGUACUUUCGUUUGCAAGAAUUUCAUUGGUGGAUACAAGUGUCGCUGCCCGAACGGCUUCAAAGGAGAUGGACGGAACUGUGAAGGUGUGUGAAACGAAAACGGAUUUAAAUUGAUCGUACAGCGUAACAUCAGUACAAGCGUUUUCUUCUAACAUUUUUGUGUCUUUGAAAAUGAAAGAAAGUAAUCAAUUCAUUUUUCAACUUGCAGAAAAACUUUUUUUACCAUCCUGAGUAAAAAUGUUUCAAAUGUAAAUGUCUCUCGUUUACCAAAGAAACGCUUAAGAGCUUAAGAACUCAUUUACUCGUGCUCGUGUGUUCCGGAUCGAAUUGCAGUUUGGAAUUGUUGGGUCUUGAGCAAAGCUUACCUGGACGAAAUCCUCUCAAAGCAAGGGAGAGAACCUGCAACAAACUCAAACCAGAUUCCAGCCCGGUUCACAUCGUUGAGAGGCGUGCUCCAUUUUCAGAAUUAGAGACACUCGUUGAUAACUUUCAUGUAACUGUUAGCAAGACUAUACCACUCUUUGACUAUUCAAAGAAGCACUCAGUCUUAUAAAAAGGGUCCCCUCCCCCCUUCCCUUUGGCUUUAAAUUAUGGUAAAUUUUAAACAACUCUAAGUAAAAUCUGCCGCCUAGAGCUUUAAUUUUGUGACAGAGAAUUUCAAAGAGCUUUUAACCUAUAAAUAACCAGUAUUUAUAUAGCUGGCAAUUCUACCAUACCCCCGUUGCUGAGUUUUAUGUUCCCCCCCCCCACCCCUCUUAGUAACAGUUACAUUUAAGUCAGCUUAGACAAUAGCUUUGCUAGCAUAAGUUCCUUCGUUUCCUGAUAAAUAAGUGCCUUUAUCAAUUUUAGAUAUCAAUGAGUGUGUUGAAAAGCAAGGAAUAUGUAAAAAUGGCGCCUGCAGGAACCUUGCUGGAACUUACAUAUGUGACUGCAAUUCUGGAUAUGAACGCAGUGCAGAUGGCAAGCGGUGCGAAGGUAUCAGUUAAUUGAAUUUAUAUUCCUUUGCCAGUUUUCUCAAAAGAUGAUAUCUAUAAAAUGAUUUGAACAUUGGUCUGGGCGUUUGGGUGCAUAUUUUAUAAAAAGUAUUGUUGAAAAUAAACUUUUCAUUAACGGUUUUAAAAGUUACACCGUCGCUUGGCGUUCCCGAGAGUUCAGUUAUAAUAACGUCCAAAAGGCAAAUCUGAGUUACGGUGGUUAUGAGAAAAGCAGCUCGAUUGAAAGAGAUCUUUGAUAUCUUUUGAUCGCGCAGAUCAGAAAAACUCGUGGACCCUCGGGACCCUUCGUAUCAUCUACGUGAUACGCGAUAAAACAGGAUGUUGGUGGUGCCUCUUUUGUUGUUAUUGUAUAGUAGGUUUCUUUUUUACUUCUUUCCCCUUUUUUAACUUACGAUUGUAAAGCAUUGAGCUGGUAACAUGAUGCCUGCAAAAACAUUGCUUUUUGAGAAAUAGAGUUUGUUUUAUCGGAAAGGGAUCGAAAAAGUCACAGAUACGGGUAUCGUAAUUUUGAUUAUUAAAUGUUUCUGUAAUUGUUCUAAAAGAUCAACCGUUUUUGCAAUUCCACUCCCUUAACUCCGUCUUUGUUUCAGUGUUAAUAGCUUCAUGUUUGGUCCAUCCAGUCAUCGGUCUAGACUAUCUUGACUUCUUAAUGCCACUUAUUUUGUAGACGCAAAAAAGGGCCUUUGCUUCGCUGUCGUCAGAAACAAAGUCUGUCAAGCUGUUACCAAGGAAAUGAUGCAAGUGAGAAAGAGAGACUGUUGUUGUACUGCUGGUAAAGCUUGGGGCACACGAUGCGAGCUCUGUCCGAGCAGGGGAACUGGUAACGAGUUCUUUUGUCUUGAAAUUUGUCUUUUUAAUCGAUUUAUUUCUCAUCUAGAGUCAAGUGUUUAAUCACUCAACUUCUGUGACUUCUGAGUACGUGGGUAACAUUUUACUAAAAAUCCUAAAGUGUGAUAGAUAUUAGGGGAAAUUAUAGUAUUGGAAUUUUCAUUGGCUAGGUGGUUUUUAUUUUCGAGUCUAUUCGUCACUAUAAGCUAAAAGCUACAAAAUAGUACUUUCUUUAUGUGCUAUUUAUGGUCCUGUACAAAGAGACUAAACUUUAGAGCCCGAUCAACGAUUCCGAGCUCGACCCCUACUCAAAACUGCAGAACUUAUCGCUAUCUUUUUCUUUUUUCAAAAAUUGACAAUUAUCUUCAUGUUUCAUGCAAUUUACGCUAUUUAACUGAGUCAUUAUUUCUAGGAUAGAGUUAAAUAUCGAUCCCCCGAUUUGUGUCCAGAGACGUGAGACCCUCUUUCAAUACCUGGUAAAACGAUAGUAUAUGGAAUGCAACUUUGAUUGAUCUUCCUUUUACUUUUCUAAACAGAUGAGUAUCGUUACUUAUGCCAGACGUUGGCCCGGAUAGAAAUAAAGAUGCAAAGUAAGUAUUAUUGUUUAGACCAAUGAUAUAGUUCUUGUCAGGAGGUUUUCGACGCUUAGGCAAAUCUUCUUGUUGCGUUGCAGAUGUGUGUGAGAUGGUUCCUGGCUUAUGCCUCAACGGUAAAUGUAUUAGCCUACCUGGGGGAUACCGCUGUAUGUGUAACGUGGGCUACAAACUCACCAUGGACGGGAAGCGUUGCUUAGGUAAGGUGUCUUUUUCUUUUUCUCUAGUACCUCACUAAAGGGUGAGUUGAAUACUGGCCUGCUAUGUCCCGCUAUGAUUAAAGGAUUUGUUUUUCUUUGGCGAACGGUACGUUGUUCGAGUGUAACAUGUCUGUCUAGUGGGUAAUUUUGUUUUUCGAAAGAAGCUUAGCCAUAAUAUAUUUUAGAUAUAGAGACCGAGCAGUACGAUUAAAAAAACACUUGCCUAACGUGCAAACCAUUUCUAUCUUUCAAGAUAGAGAUGGAUUACAUGCAAAGACGCUUCUAUUCCAAAGCGCUUGUUAAAUCCAAGCAGUGAUAUCGAUACUAAUUCCUCAGCUUGUUGCACUCUCAGCAUGUUGCUUUUGUGGUUAAAUCUGCAGAUAUCGAUGAAUGUGCAAAAAAUUCCAGCAUUUGUCAGUUCACUUGCGCCAACACAGAUGGUUCUUACAUUUGCAGUUGCCCAGUUGGUUACGUAUUGCGACCUGAUAAGAGGACAUGCACAGGUCUGGUAUUGCUCUCAAGAAGGGUGUCCGUCUUCCGCAAAACCCCGGUCUCGGGGAUCAUUUCUCGAAAAGUCCCGCUAGUUAACAGACCCGAAAAGCUGUUCAUUUUCAUAAUCAUGAUCUAGGUUUCAAUAGUUUUGCCGAUAAUAUGAUUAAACUUUCAGUUUACAAAACAGAUAAGAAUUGUUUGUUAGCUAGGGCCCUCGCUUUUAUUCUUUGAGUUUUAAUGCAAAUCUUUGAUUUCGCGCCCGAAAAGUUACCGAGACUUUCGAGAAACAGGCUGUAGGCUGAAGGAGAGGCGGAGAGGGUAACCCGGAUAUGUUGCGGGUUAAACCUGUCUUGCAUUCGUGUGUUGGUGGGAGUAAAUAGUGAUAAAACGCUAUACAUAUCAUAGGAUAUUUUUUUUAUGCAGACGAGGAUGAAUGUGCAACAGGAAGGCACAAUUGUCAGCACAACUGUGUUAAUACUGCUGGCAGCUUCCGAUGUGGUUGCCCUGAUGGAUACACGAGAAAUAGAAUGACAUGUGUUGGUGAGUCAAGUGCCUCUUUUUAUUUAUCUCACGUACACUUUACUUCUAGCAAUCACAGUGUCUAUUGAACACCUGCGUGGAUAUCAAACAUUGCCUUUGAAAAUCACUUAAGGUCGGCGCUCUGUCAUGUCUGAGGGGACAGAAUUGGGAAUGGUAUCGGAGUCGGAAUCGGAAUGCUGAAAAAAGCUGACGUUCGGGUACUCGAUCCGACAGUAGCAUCGCUGACAUGUUACAAAAAUCAAGAUGCUGUAAAUCAACUUUCCUCUUAUCUCCCCUAGAAGACAAAUGGGGAAAAUAUAUUUUCAACACAUCAAGGGUAUAAAGACUUUCUUUCUAGGAAUUUGCAAAUAACGUCAUGCGAGUUGUUUAACGGGAGCUGCGAUGGAGCGGAAGAUCUACUUAACUUAACAAAGUAUUUUCUAUGAUAUGAAAAAGAUGUAGCAGAAGAGGUCAACUCAGGUAUCGAUGGUUUAUCGCACUGUCUGAAAUAAAGUCAGUACUGUCUCUCAUCUCUCGAUAGACAAAGACGAAUGUAUGACAAACAAUAACAUUUGUGGCCCUGGAGUGUGCGAGAACUUGCCAGGUUCAUAUCGCUGCACCUGUAACCAAGGAUACAAGUACGACGAGACCCUCAAGAAAUGUGUAGGUCAGUUGCAUAUAAAUUUCUUAAAGAUUCUAAUGUUAUAACAACAUUUAUUAGCCUGGGACAGACUAUCUAUCUUUUCUUCAGAGAUCGACGAGCCAGCGUAUGGAAAUAAAAACUGCGGGGGAUUUUUUUACCCGCGGCUAGCGUAAGAGGGAUUGGGAGUAACAUUUACGCGAAAUUACUGACUUUUUGUUGUAUUCUGUAUUCUCAUUUACGAGUGAUGGCAUGAAAAUACGAUAAAAUAAGACACCCAUCCUCCAAAAAUUCUUCCACUCGUCCACUUCGAGGAAAAGUAUGCCAAAAUAUGCUAUCGUGUCAUACUACAAGAAACUAGUUUGAAAGGUUAGGAAAACCCGGUAAUGAAUGUGCCAGCUUAUUCGAAGUGGAAAGAUAUUUGAAUUAAGAAGUUACAAAGAAGGUUUCCAAAUGCUCCGAAAAUUACUCCUUUACUAUUGUUAGAAGUCACACUAAAGCUGCAGACACACACUUUUUUUUAAAUUACAGUUGAACCCCGCUAUUUCGAAGUCCUUAGGGAAAAGGAAAAAAGUUCGAAAUAGCGGGGUUUCGAAAUAACCGGGGAAACGUAAAAUUGGUAACAAUGAAUCAUUUUUUAAUAAAAUACAGUACUGUAUGAAGAAAGACACUGAUUAAAUAAAAAUGCAGUAAUUAUAUGUCGGAUAAAUCAGUAGACGCUGUUGCAUUGUAAAAUCUUUGAAUGUUCUGUUCUAGCUCAAAUAAAAUGUAAUACGUUUCCAGCUGUGCUCUUAUGUACGUACUCUGUUUUUGACAAGUUCGAAAUAACGGGGUUGAUUUAAGGUGCAGGGAAAGAACGAUGAGUUCGAAAUAGCUGAUAGUAAAUGACUGAAAACAUAAGGGUAAAUCCAAGGGAAUUCGAUCUUCCUUCGAAAUAGCGGGGACUUCGAAUUAACCGAGUUCGAAAUAGCGGGGUUCGACUGUAGUAUAAAAUGUCGGUGAUAUUGUGUUUCUCGAUCUGCUGUUGCAGGUAACAGGCAGGUUAUAGGUGGGUGCACACCUGGCAUUUGCCAGUAUGGAUGUCAAAACAUCUACGGUGGAUACCGAUGUGCAUGUCCCCCCGGAUUUACACAAGAUUACUACUACAAUCAGUGUGUUGGUAAGUUAAGAGAAGAGGCUUAAAUUAGUAGGAUGCCAUCAUUGCAUGUUGUGCCAUACAUGUAGGAGUUGGCUACGGUUGGGGGGAAGGGGGGGGGGAGUGACCUCCUCUUAUUUUUAAACCAAAACCGAGACCAGCGCCGAGAUCUUUCGUUUCUCCCAGACUGCUCCACCUUCUCAAGGUCUGGAUGCGUCACUUUACGCUGCAGUAUAGUGAGGAUCUCACCUCUUAAUAGUUUCUGUAAUUUUCUUUGCUCUGUAGGCCUACUGAAUCUCUCUGUUUUGUUGUAGAUAUUAAUGAAUGCCGUAGCAUUUUCCUGUGUGGACAGGCUCAGUGUAGAAACACCCUAGGCGGGUACUACUGCUCAUGCCGGGCAGGAUAUGUUCUAAGGCCAGAUGGACGAUCAUGCAAAGGUAAUCUCAGACUUCAGAUGAAAAAUAUGUCGACUAGCGAACGUUCUUGUAUUUCUCAGCUGUAAGUGUGAAUUAAUAGGUAAGGCUCGCUACGCAGGUUCUAAGCUAACUAAAACUCCGUAGACUACUCUCCUCGCAUAUUUAUCGACACAUAGUUUAGUUUGAACGUUAGGAGGAUAGGUUAAGAGAAAGCCAGAAACGCGAACAGAUAAGGAGGAGGGGAGAAGACGGGCUUUGGUGUCACUCGCCUUCUCUUUUUCUCUCCACACCAAGCUUGUCAUGUUAUUUUCGAUAUGCCUGUUUACAGACGUCCCCGCCCCCCUCCAAAAAAAGUUAGAUAAAGACACUCUGAAGGCUUUAUGUCCCGCCCUGAAGGUCUCUGUUUUGUAUUUCUAUCCAAAUCUUUCAAAACUGUAGCUCCUUAUCAGUCGAUACAGUAUUGUAGAUCAUUAAGUACCACAGCUCUUAUAUUUCUUGACACACUGCAGUAGACGUGUCCGGGCUACGAUUUGUCCUGAUAUUUAACGAAAGAGGUGUCGGGAACAUGACACCCUCGGAAACGACACGUUUUAUUAUCUAUUACCAUGGAAAAUCGUGGCCCUGUAAAUUUCACUACGUUACUCAUUUCAAGCAGUGAUAAGCGCACGACGUAAAGUUUUUGCAGGAACACAGUGUUACAGUAGCUCUUCCCAGAGACAGACCUUGAACUACCUAUCGACUUUACCUCUGUCCCAGAAGCGUUCUCGGCUUUCCACAGAGGAGGGGAAAGCCUUUGAAACUAGAUCAGGUUUUGCAACUAAUGGUUAUUCACUAAAAAAUAACUACUUUGAAAUCAGUAACAAUUUGUCCGUAUUUCAGAUAUGAACGAGUGCAACCUUGGAGUGAGUCCGUGUAGCUUUGGAUGUGACAACAAACAGGGUGGCUUCUCCUGUCGGUGUCCUCAUGGUUAUCAUCCUAUAGGAGGAGGGUGAGUGAUCAUAAGGGCCCUUAACUAUCAUCUUAUGGGGGGGAGGGUGGAAGUGAGCGGGCUUUAUCCCCAAGUAUCAGAUCCUUCGAGGAAGAACAAGUAGUUUUGAGGUUGCCUGGUGAUCAUGUUAUGGAGGAAACUGAGAAGCGCUUCCUGUGGGUCUAAUUCACGUUUCAUAUCGAUCCUAUUGCGAGGGUCCUGUAGUGCUGUCUAUAUAUAAUUUCCAAACCUAUCAACAGUGGCUUCAUCGUGUGGUGGAGGUAAAUGAUGGUUUGGUUUGUAUAUUUCUAACUAUCUGUAUGUAGGUAAUUGAGUACCCGUUGUUUAACUUUGCACAAUUCCACAGCUGAAACCAUUAUAUUUGAGUUAAAAAAACAACAGCAACCCUUUGCGUAAGCAAACGCCGAGAGAUUGUGUUCUUUGAUUGAGAAACGCCAUCCGAAGAUGUAUAAAGUGCCAUCUUUAAAAUUUUCAAUGUAAAUUAUUGGUGCAUUGUACUUCAGUUUAUUUCUUGCACUUCCAACAUUCUUAAUACUAUAAAUUCGAAAAAAAUCGAAUUUCAAUUUUCCUUAAAUACUGAAAAACAAAUAAAUGUUUCUUAAAGUACUUGCAAGGAAGAUUUAUUUGAAUGGUAUCACUCAAUUUAUUGUCCACAGACUCUAAACAGUACAUUACACGGCUCUACGUCUCGUGGCAAUUAAAAGGCUUUAUCUAACCACUUCUUCUUUCCGCAGGCAUUGUUUGUCACCUUAUGGGGAGGCCUGUUACGAGUGUGCAUUGUCCAAAGGAGACAGCAAAGGAGUACCUCUUGUGGAGAGAAACGAAACAGAGAGCAAGCAAACCCAGUCCUCUGCACCGUUCCAUGUUGUGCCUGCAAGCAGUGGCGGUUAUGGACAGCAGCAUUCUCAUGGAUACGGUCAGCCGCAACAAGGACAUGGCCACAGGUUGCUAGGUGACCAGUCACAGUCAUACAAUCGACAGAUCUACCCGCAAAACUGGCAGGCGUCAAGGCCACGCCAAGGCCUUCCAUUGCAGCAAAAUCGAGGUUUUCAAUUCUCUUACAACCCCUCUCGGGGAAACAAACGAAAACGUCGGUCUGCAAGGCACCGAAUGGAGAAAUUUACCGUCCAAAUUCCUGCCAAUAUUACUUCAGCUCAGCCAAUCCUUAGGCUAGUACCAGUGCUCUCGGAAUUCAACGGGACUUUCAAUUACGUCAUCGUUCACGGAAAUACGAGCCUUUUCAAGGUGGAGCAACAUGAAGGAAUUUCUUUUCUUCAUGUGAAGACUCCCAUUUAUCGGAAGGGGGUGUUUCGUCUGUGGAUUAAAGGUGUGUUGCACGAGCGAAAAGAGAAGAAAACAGAAGUUAAGGAUAAAAAUGGGAAAACAAAGGUAACGAGGAAGACUGAAACUGAAAAAGGGACCAAGGAAAACCCUCAUCCCUUGGGAUAUAACGCAGCCAAAAAGUUCUCACUUCGUCUUGUUAUAAAAGCAGUGUAAGCAUUUUAGUUAGCCUUGAAGUAGCAUAUUUCAUUCUUAUUAUUUGCUGCGAAAGACUCGAAGCGCCCAAGCCCCUUAAGGCUGCGCUAUCUAAUACAAAAUGCAACUCUUUUGAGAGAAGUUAUUUGGUGAAACAGACAACAAGUCUCACAUACAAACACAUAGGGAGGUUCGGAGGGGGAACAGCUAAGUGACCAAGAAUUUAUCAUGCUCCGCCGAUGUUACACUCUGUGCUGGCCUUUAUUUCUUAUUUCGCCUCGUGAUCCGUCUGUUAUUCUCAUGGUUAAAAUUUAUUGCAUAGAAUCGUCAGAAACUGCGUAUUUGUAACUGGCAAAUCGAUUGAUUUAAAGAUAAAUUUAAAUGUAGUCAGGAAGUUAAAUUCGCCCAGUAUUAGUAUUUAACAAGAUUGUACAUUCAUUUUUCGUGUUCUUUUAGUAUACAAAAUAAAGUUUAACAAACCA